AUACUCAGUCGCCAUUUUGGAUGUAACCGGAAAGAAAACAACAGAGCUCAACUAUUGGAGAGUGAAUUUCAUUUUUUUAAUUAGGAUUAAUCAAGCGUCCACUGAUGGAUUGAUUUAUAAGAAAAAAAUCAACAACAUUCUUUAUCAUCAAAUUAACAGGUAUUGUAGUGUUGGUGUAUAAAGUUUAAAACUAACAAUAUUUGGGGAAUAAAUUAUACAAAAAUGUGAGGAGGGGCUAAACUUUAACUUUAAGUAUCACUACAGUCACUACUAAUACUAAUAUACUAACUUAGCCGUUACCACUUAGACUUAGCUCACUUUUUUAGUCUACUUAUCUUAGGUGACUAACUUAACUAACAACCAUUGAUGAUACUGUUUUCAAGACUAGACUAGAAGGAUUAGGUUGUACAUUGUACUGUGCUGUAAAUGUAAUACUGUACAGUAGAGACUAUUCACUACUUCAAAGUGCAAAUCCCUCUACAUCACAGGCCUGCACAAAUCAAAAUGUAAGGCAGGCCGUAAUACUUUAUGAAAACCUUUUGCGGGCCUUAAUACUUUAUGAAAAACUUGAUAGAACAGAGGCGAAAGCAAUUAAGAAGAUAAUAAUAAGGAAUAUUUUGUUACUUCGCGGACCGCCAAGUGGGUGCUGGCAGGCAGCAUGUUGUGCAUGCCUGAUCUACAUACAUAGGAGCCAGAAUGAUCAAUACAUUGAUCGUGGUCCCUUAAUCUUAACUUAAUUAUUAAUAUAGGCUUGAAAGUUUGACAGUUGUGGACAAAGGGGAGGAAGGGGGUCAAAAUUUGCCUUAAAAUUAUUGACAUAAUUUAUUAUGGUAAUGUCCCUCUAGGGAGUACUACUUACAUUACUUUCUUUAUGUGCAAAUAGUAUGCUCUCUCUGUUUUCUAAUGCAGGUGGUUUGAAGUCAAUUUGGUUGUCUAGACAUAAGUAUAUUAUAUUGUUUAAUGAAAAUUGCUUACACGUUUAUAUGGGUAUACAUAAAGUAAAAAAAUUUUGCUACAAAUGUUUUGCAUGAUAUUCUCUAAUAUAUUGUAGGUCCAACGUGACUAGUUAUUACUACAAACUCUCAACCAUUGGUUUCAAACUUUAACUACCUGAAAGGAUAAUCAUCAAAUCGAUGACCCAUGGCCUGGCCAUGGGGAUUGCCAAAAAAAUAUAUAUGUCAUUAAUAAAGAUUGUCUUUUAUAUAAACUAUUUAAAGCAAAUCACUUUUUGGGGUCCCAAGUUUGAAAGUCAAGUUUGGGACACAAUAAUGGAGGUUCUUAAACAAUAUUUUUAAUGUUAUUUUAUAGAGAGUCCUUUGGUUCAGAUUGGUUUUGGCAAAUGUGUAACAUGAUUUUGGAGAAAUCAAAUAACUCUUGAAUCAUGACAUUUUAAUUCAUUAACACUUCUCUGUUUCAACAAGGAUUUUUUAAAAUUAAAUAAUUUAAUCACACACCACACAGACCAAAAUGAAUGAAGACAACUUUUAUUAGAAAUGUCUUGUAUAGCCAUUACAUCCUUUACAGCAAGGGUCUCAUUUUGCGGCCCGUGGGCCAUUUGCAGCCCACAAGACCAUAUUUUGCGGCCCGCUACCUGACAGCAAAGUUUAGUAUUAAUGUGGACUGCACAUUGUCUACAUUCUCAUAUCUAUAAUGUGAACCUCCGCGACGAUUUCAGUCGAAUCUCAUAUAAGUCUGAUUUUUAUUAUUUUUAUAUAAAUACCUACAGGUUUUGAAGUUGAUUAUAAUGGAAAAUACCUUUUUAAAAUCGGAAAAAAAGGUUUUAUUAGCAUUUUAUGAGAUAAACUUGGCCAAAGUGCAGUUUUCAGAAAACACUCUUCGAAUAUUGUAUAUACAUAUAUCAAAAGUUUUAUAAGUCAGUCGGUAAUACACAACCAUAACUGCAAAUCAUAGCAAUCUGACACAGUAUAAAAAAUCACUAUUAAAAUUGCAGCUAGUUUGUACCAGUGACAUGUGACGGAAGUUCCCAGCCUGACAGCUUGGUCUCGUGAAACGUGAUUUGGGAGUGUUACAGAGAGGAGGGAAAAUAUAUUUUAUCAAACAGUGCAAAUACAUAUUUGUGUCCCCCGACCCCAGUCAUGUCUGUCUCAAAACCUGCUGUGAAGAGAAAGUUGGCGAUGAGCGCAGACAAUUUUAGGAGAAGUGGGAGACAGACUAUUGCUUUGUUGAGCACAGGGGCAUUCCGACGUGCCUUAUAUGCACCGAGAAAGUUGCGGUGCACAAGGAGUACAACAUCAGACGUCAUUAUUUAACCAGACAUGCUGAAGAGUAUGCAAAAUACCAGGGAGAUGAGAGAGAGGCCGGGUUGCUAAACUUAAAACAUGUCUACUGAGGCAGCAUGAUUUUUUUCAAGAAAACAUACAAAGAAAGUGAUGCAGCAGUUGAAGUUGGUUACGUGGUGAGUGAGAUGAUUGCUAUGGCAGGAAAGUCAUUCAAAGAAAGAGAGUUCAUCAAAAAUUGCAAGUUUAGUCUGUCCGGAAAAUAAGGUUCAAUUUAGCAACAUCAGCCUUUCAGCCAACACAGUGGCAGAGCGCAUUUCUGAGCUGUCAGGUGACAUUUAUGAUUAACUGUGCGAGAAAGGUAAACAUUUCAUGCAUACUCAGUCACUCUUGAUGAGAGCUUAGAUGUUACGGACACUGUGUAGCUGGCAUGUCGGUGGUGUUGAUGAUAAUUUUGAAGUGAUGGAAGAGUUGCUCAAAGUGAUUCCAAAGCAUGGCCAGACCACAGCGGCAGGAAUAACAACCGAUGGAGUGCCAUCAAUGACAGGGUAAAUAAAUGGACUCGUGGCACAUUUCAAAGAAAACUGGAAGAGGAGGGUGUGGAAGAGGCCAUUGCACUACACCGCAUUAUCCAUCAGCAGGCCCUUUGCAGCAAAUGCCUGAAGCUUGACAAUGUGAAUUCUGAAGUUGUGAAAUGCAUCAACCAACCACAUCAGAUCCAGGGCACGCUUGAAGCACUUGCAGUUCCCAGUCUUUUUAGAAGAAAUAGAGUCAGCGUAUGAGAAUCUGACCUACUUCACCGAGGUACGUUGACUUAGUAGGGGAGACAUCGUGAAAAUAUUUUGGAGUUGAGAGCAGAAAUCAAAGCCUUCAUGGAGAAGGAUGAGGUGGUUGUUCCUGUACUAAAUGAUCCCAAAUGGCUUAAGGACUUAGCUUUUCUUGUUGACAUUACACAGGAGCUGAAUGUACUCAACAAGAAGUUAAAAGGCCAGGGGCAGCUUGUCAGUGUUGCCUAUGACAAUGUCAGGGCCUUCACUCAAGGCUAAGUUCAGGGAGGUGAAUAGAAAAACAGACAAGCUUGGUCAUUUUAUGAGAGCAUUGUCUUCCACCUUCCCUGAAAUAUCUAGGAUGUUCAAGCAGAUCAUGUGCCUUUUUGGGAGUAACUAUCUGUGUGAAAAGCUCUUUUUCCACUAUGAACUUAAACAAGUCAAAGUUCAGGGCGAAACUUACUGAUGAGCAUCUACAAGCUAUACUGAGGGUCUCAGUUGGUUCCUCACUCAAGCCAAAUGUUGCUCAGUUGUGUAGGAAGAAGCACUGCCAAGGCUUCUGGCAACAAGUAGAAGAAGAAAGUAAGUGAAGCCUAGUUCUUGAGAAGACUUAAAGUUUUAUUUGUUAUUAAUAAAGGUUGAGCAGAUUGUAACAGCUGUACUUGAAUUUGUAAUCACUUUUUUUAAUGGAUUAUUUAAUCCGACCCAGUUUCACUCAGACUCUACCUCCUGCAGCCCCCCCCCCCCCCCCUAAUUUGCGUUUGAGACCCCAAAAGUUUUAUUUGUUAUUAAUAAAGGUUGAGCAGAUUGUAACAGCUGUACUUGAAUUUGUAAUCACUUUUUUUAAUGGAUUAUUUAAUCCGACCCAGUUUCCCUCAGACUCUACCUCCUGCAGCCCCCCCCCCCCCACUAAUUUGAGUUUGAGACCCCUGCUCUACAGUUACACUAGCUUCUUCUUUAACUUUUCUCCUGAUUUAAAAUAUAACUCUUUAAAUAAAAUUGUUUAACUACAAGAAUCUUUGAGGCUUUAUAAUCUUAUUGGUUUCAGUAUUGAUGGGGAAUUUGGUUUUUUAAAUCAUGUCAAGAGUUGAGACCUUAGGCUCAGUAAAAUCAUUUAGGGUUUUUCCUAUCUUGACUUUUUAUGAUCUGCUUUUCAGUCAUUUAAAGAGUUCAAGACUAUUUUUAAUGUUCAUUUCUCUAUGGACACAGUUAAAUGUAAUAGAUGAUUUGCUUUAUUAAAUAACGUCAAACUAAGGAGAUCACCUCUUUUACAUUUUAUGAUGAUCUUAAAAAAUAGACGUCAGCAAAGCUUUGAUAAAAGUUACAAUGAAAGUUCCAGGAAUAUUUCAAUUGGAUAUUUAUGAUUUUGGUUGUGUAAAGUUAUGAUUUUUGAGCUACAAAUUUUUUAUUAUAAAAUAUAUAAUUUCUAUUAAUAUCAAUAAAAAAAUCAACAACCUUUAUUGUAUAAAGCACUUUUGAAAUUAAAUGCUGUAAUUUUUAACACCUGUUUGCAUUCAAACCUAUGAAAGAAUAGUAUGUGUUUAAAAUCAAUUAAAUAAAAAAAGACAUGAACUAAUUUUACUCAAAAUGUUGAACUCUCUACAAGAAAUGUCCAGCUCUAUUAUUGGAUUGUUUUCUGGGAAGGUAAUUUUUUUAUAUUAUCAAUUUAGAAAAAAAGAGCAUUAAAAUUAAUUUGUAGCUAAAAAAAAUUCUCCUAUUUACUUUAAGUUAAUUCAACCUGAUUUAAGUUAAAUCAAUAAAUCAACCUAUUUAGCUGUAUGACAUAACCAUCAGUAUUUAAAUGUGAUUUUUAAACAUGAUAUUAUUUUAUUUGAAUAUUAGUAGGGCCUAAAUGAAUAUUUUUUGAAGAGUUUAACAGACCACCCAGCCGAAGACAGCCUUUGUCCUUCAAGGCAAAAAAUGUUGUUAUAUUACAGUCAACAUUAUUGACCCAGUCUUUUCAAUUUGUAUUAAAUUGUUGGGUCCUUGAAGACAACAUGUUUUCAGUCAAUUACACACUUUCCUGAGAAACAAAUCAUGCUAACCUCAGAGACACAUUAGGUUCAGAUAAUUAUUUUUAUUAAAUGUAAGAAUUCUCUUGAUUCAGGUCAUUAAAUUUGCUUUAUCAUGAGUAUAGGACCCUUUGAAGAUUUUAUUUUCCUGUUAAAUCAGUAUGUACAGUCAUAAAUUCUGUUUGCUUUAUCUGACUGAGCCAUUUCACAGAAUGUUCAGCAGGCCCAGGUGAAUAAUUUGAAUUCAUACAUCAAUGACACAAAAAUUAAUCAAAUUAUGAUUAAUAAAAUCACAGGUAAUCCCCCUCCAUGCACACCACCAGGCACACCACAAACACUGAUUCAUCACACCCAGAUCCUCCAUUGAUUACACUAGGCUUUAAGAAAAAGCUAAUUAAACAAGAGAAAAACAGUGGGUAGGAGAUAUAUAAAACCAGUCAAGGCUUUUAUUGAUUCACAGGCCAAAGAUUGUACAUCCAGUUAGCAGUGCUUAGCUUGCAGAUCUCUUUGCAGUAAGGUGUCAUUUUACAAACUAGGUGUGUGCAGAGCACACAGUUAUCCUCCUCACAUUUACUAGUAGGGCUAUGCUUCCAAUGAUCAGCCCUCAAUUAGAAUUCUAUACAGACUAAUGCAAACUCUAAAUAAAUCUGAACAAAAGACUUGUCCGGAAAUUAAAAUGAUCUUAAUCUAAAACUAAUUCUCAUUUGACUGUCAGUUGUCCUAUUCCAAAAUCCAAAAGUUUCACUUGCAACUGAAGUGGAUGAUGAUGUUCAAUAAUUUUUUAUUUUACAAUAUUUAAUUUCCAUUUAAAAAUUGCUAUGUUAAAUUAGAUCUUACAAGCCAUGGAUUAAAUUUAUGUAGUUGUCAGUGACAAAUGUGUAAAGCAUGUCAUGCAACAAAAUUAUUCAAUAAACAAUAAAAGCAAUUUUUUUUUUGGAAUACUGUUAUGAAGGAACACAGUAUUAUAUCUGUAUUUAUAACUGCAUUGGUUUUUGUAAUGGUGCAAAUGACAUUAGCAUAAAUGAAAACCAGACAUUAGAAUAGAAUUACUUUAUUUCUGGUAACUAAAAGAAGAAAGGGAAAGUGUUGAGUUACUCUAUCUGAAGCUAAACAAACCACAUAUAAACAAAGAACAGCCACGGAGAUUUGUAAAUACUUUACCAUAUUGAAGGGCACAUGCCCAAAUGGCCACUGGAUGUCAGUGAUGAUGAUUUAAUGUUGAACAAAGUUAUGUAAUCUAGUGUACGCUAAACAGUGCCUAUGGUCUAAAUAAGACUAUAAUCAGAGUUAUCAACUAAAUACAAUGUUAUUAACUAUUGUUACAAUGCUAUGAAAUUUGUCAAGUUUCUUUGCACUACUUUAUAAAUAUAGAAAAUUGCUGUUGUAAACUAUAUAUGUUAUAAACACAAAAAUUAUAGUUCAAUUUCAAAAAAAAAUUAAAUGAAAUAUUUAAGAUGUAGAAUUCCUUCCAUCCCAAACUUCUGAGCAUUACAAAAAGAAUCCUCAAAUCAUCUCCCCUGUUGUAGUAACACUUAUUAAAGUCAUAUUUACUCCAUGCUUUAUCUCCAAUGGAGGCAUUGUGCCACUGCAUACCUAGCUUUACAGUUUGAAGAGAAUGUUACACAGUGUUCUACUAAAUUUCUUGUAAGACCAUUAAAAGUAUCUUAAGACCACUUGACUCUAGCUAUUUCUUUAUCUGGCUACUUGAUCCCUCUUGUACUCACUUCUUGUUAGAUGAUGUGCCUGCUCACUUGAAUUAUGGUCUUUCUUUUAACACAUUGGAAGAAGUCAAAUUCUUAAACAUUUAAAUAGCUCAUUUAUUGGUCAAGUUAAAAAUGAACGAAAGUCAAUGUUUUGCUAUUGAUUUAAAGGAAAAAUAUAAUGGUAACAUGAUUUCAAUAAUAUGAGUAACUUAGGUAUCUUAUUUUAUUAUUAUCUUCAGUUUUAUAUGCUCUAAAUUUUUUUGUUAAUGCUAACAUUAAGGUUUUUGCUGGAAUAUCUGUAAAACUGAAUGCAACAUUCCUAGAAAAUCUAUUCUUAGGUCACAUCUGUUGACAUGACAUUGUAACAUUGCUAGCCUGGUAUGCUCUUUAUUAAUAUUCAAUUUUAGCAGAGUGUACCUAGUGAAACUUACCAAGUUGUCUUUGAUCAAGUGCACCAGUAAAAUUUAACAUGUUAUCUUUGAUCUAUCUUUGUUAUCAAGAUUGUACCUAUUAAAAUGACCUGCGGCCCAUUGCUGUUGAAACAAUUAAUUUAGAACAGCAAAUUAAACAUUUCACAGACAAAUGAGAUACAAAUUUAGCUGACAGUAUCCAAACAGGUAUAAGACUCCAAGUUUGAAUUUCUCAUUAUGUCAGCAAUAACUGACUUCAUGUAUCAUUUGUCCUGACCCAGAUUUGGCCAGGUCUUUAAAGUUAUGAGUUGUUGGUGACAAAAGAUACAAUUUUAGAGGACCAGUUGUGUGUGUGUGUGUGGGGGGGGGGCAUACCAUUUUUAUAGUGGGACCGAGUCAUUGAUGACAAAGUCAACAUUUUUAGAGGGCUAAAUUUGGGAAUGAUCCAGUAAAUUGAGGAGAUAGUUGUCUGUGCAAUGUGUCUGUGUACUCAUUGUUGAUGACUAAUAUUGCAAUAAAUUAUCAAAUGAGUUUUUUUUAUUUAUGAAUGAUUGAUUGGUGUCUCUCUCUCUCCACUCCGCCUUGAUAAAUAAGCUUUCUGAAAGAUUAUUGAUUAAAGAUUAAAGUAUUUGUAAUGAUACAGGUACUUGUAGUAGUGUAAUGAUGCAGGUACUUGUAGUAGUGUAAUGAUCCAGGUACUGACAGAGCUGUGUGCACUUGGGGCGCACCUAUCAUGAUAGACUUUGUCAAGCUGUGUGCACUUGGGGCGCACCUAUCAUGACAGACUUUGUCAAGCUGUGUGCACUUGGGGCGCACCUAUCAUGACAGACUUUGUCAAGCUGUGUGCACUUGGGGCGCAUAUAUCAUGAUAGACUUUGUCAAGCUGUGUGCAAUAGGGGCGCACCUAUCAUGACAGACUUUGUCAAGCUGUGUGCAAUAGGGGCGCACCUAUCAUGACAGACUUUGUCAAGCUGUGUGCAAUAGGGGCGCACCUAUCAUGACAGACUUUGUCAAGCUGUGUGCACUUGGGGCGCACCUAUCAUGACAGACUUUGUCAAGCUGUGUGCACUUGGGGCGCAUCUAUCAUGAUAGACUUUGUCAAGCUGUGUGCACUAGGGGCGCACCUAUCAUGACAGACUUUGUCAAGCUGUGUGCAAUAGGGGUGCACCUAUCAUGACAGACUUUGUCAAGCUGUGUGCAAUAGGGGUGCACCUAUCAUGACAGACUUUGUCAAGCUGUGUGCAAUAGGGGUGCACCUAUCAUAACAGACUUUGUCAAGCUGUGUGCAAUAGGGGCGCACCUAUCAUGACAGGCUUUGUCAAGCUGUGUGCAAUAGGGGCGCACCUAUCAUGACAGACUUUGUCAAGCUGUGUGCACUUGGGGCGCACCUAUCAUGACAGACUUUGUCAAGCUGUGUGCACUUGUUCAGUUUUCAUAUCAACCCUAUAUGCGUACCUCUAUUUCGGUGUCCACCGAGCUACGCCCCUGACAAGUCAUUUGCCCGUUAUUCAUCCCCUGAGCUCUCAAGGCAAUGUGCCCCGCUGAUCAAGGUGUCAUUUGCCCGUUGUUCAUCACCUGAGCUCUCAAGGCAAUGUGCCCUGCUGAUUAAGUUGUCAUUUGCCCGUUGUUCAUCACCUGAGCUCUCAAGGCAAUGUGCCCUGCUGAUUAAGUUGUCAUUUGCCCGUUGUUCAUCCCCUGAGCUCUCAAGGCAAUGUGCCCCGCUGAUCAAGGUGUCAUUUGCCCGUUGUUCAUCACCUGAGCUCUCAAGGCAAUGUGCCCUGCUGAUUAAGUUUUCAUUUGCCCGUUGUUCAUCACCUGAGCUCUCAAGGCAAUGUGCCCUGCUGAUUAAGUUUUCAUUUGCCCGUUGUUCAUCACCUGAGCUCUCAAGGCAAUGUGCACCUCUGAUCAAGGUGUCAUUUGCCCGUUGUUCAUCACCUAAGCUCUCAAGGCAAUGUGCCCUGCUGAUUAAGUUUUCAUUUGCCCGUUGUUCAUCACCUGAGCUCUCAAGGCAAUGUGCCCUGCUGAUUAAGUUUUCAUUUGCCCGUUGUUCAUCACCUGAGCUCUCACCUGAGCUCUCAAGGCAAGGUGCACCUCUGAUCAAGGUGUCAUUUGCCCGUUGUUCAUCACCUGAGCUCUCAAGGCAAGGUGCACCUCUGAUCAAGGUGUCAUUUGCCCGUUGUUCAUCACCUGAGCUCUCAAGGCAAUGUGCCCCGCUGAUCAAGGUGUCAUUGCACGUUUGUUCCAUUGUGGUCUGCACUGUCAGACACAUCCACCUUUGAGUACGCAGCUAUGGGCUAUCUAGGGGGUAGGGUUGGUGGCUGUGUUUAGUUUGGUUAGGCCAUGUGGCGGCAUACUUUUUUGAGCAAGGCAAGGAGCAAUUUUUACACAUUGUAUCUUUUGACACUUUAACAAAAAAAUGUUUUGGGAAGAGGUCUAGGCCAUAGUUGCCUGUGUCCAUAUUGGAACUGUCAUCCAAUGGAUCCAUCAGCGUAUUAGCCAGUCAGUAAGACUGAACUCCCUUGGUUUAAAACACUCUCUUCUUUGAGCUUGGCACUUCUUUGAUUUUGUCCGUAUCGUGUUGUGCUAUGUGCCAGAAGUCAUUCGUUGAAGAGAGUUGUAGGGUCUUCGUCAUUGCCCUUGUCAUCUUUUUCUUUCUCUGCUUCUGCUGGCUAAUGAACUUUGCUCUAUUCGUUUACACACUUAAGUUAUAUAUGACUUCCAGUUUCUCCACUAGGUUCUAUCAAAUCUCCCCUUCUCUUCAACUUCCCUCAAAUGUCCAGUUUCUCCCCUUCCCUUUCCUCAAAUGUCCAGAUUUCUCCCCUUCCCUUUCCUCAAAUGUCCAGUUUCUCCCCUUCCCUUUCCUCAAAUGUCCAGAUUUCUCCCCUUCCCUUUCCUCAAAUGUCCAGUUUCUCCCCUUCCCUUUCCUCAAAUGUCCAGUUUCUCCCCUUCCCUUUCCUCAAAUGUCCAGAUUUCUCCCCUUCCCUUUCCUCAAAUGUCCAGAUUUCUCCCCUUCCCUUUCCUCAAAUGUCCAGUCUCCCCAUGCCCCUUCACGAAACGUCCAGUAUUCCCAUGUUUUGUCUGGCCUUCUCUCUUGUGCGUUCUUUUCGAUAAUCCAUCAUUUUAGCAAUACAAAUUGUAAGCCACUUCUCUAGAUCUAUGUAUCCUGCUCCACCAUUCCAUCAACAUAGAGCUCUUUUAUCCUGUCCCACAAAGACAUCAAUAUAGAACUCUGUAUCUCGCUCCAUAAUUGUAGAUCUCCACCAGGCCAUCACUUUAAAUUUCUGUAAACUUGCUCCUCCAAUCUUUCAAUACAUAUUUCUAUAACCUUGCUCCGCCAUUCCAUCCCUUUUGAUUUCUGUAACCUUGCUCCACCAAUCCAUCACUAUAGAUCUCCGUAUCCCACUCCACCUAUCCAUUAAUAUAGAUCUCUUAGCAUGCUCCACCCAGCCAUUAAUAUAGAUCGAUUAUUGUGCUCCACCCAACCUCUGGGUUAAGCACUGCGAAAUUCGUUGAAAUGUGUUUGUUAAAAACAGCAACCUUUCUAUAGACUUAGUGGGUCUGGCCAACACCUCCAUACCCCCCCCCCCACCCCCCAGCCGUGACAGUUUAGUAUUGAUCAAGAUUCUUACGUUGAAUCAAUGGUGCUCAAGGGCAACCCUUUUGUACGCUUUUGGUACACACUGUACAGUAGCAUGUUUAAACGCUCAACUCGAGUGUGCAGGUCUUUUUAUGUCUACAAUUAGGGACUUAUCAAUCAAGUAAACAACCCUGAGCCCGGUCGUAUUCUGCAAGCCAUCAAAGUAGUCUUAGCAUGUCGUGCUGUCUUUGGUUGACACCCACCAUAACAACUGUUGGAUAGUCCAUAAGUAGACCAGAGAAUUGAGCGAGUCAGCAUAUCUCUAUAGGCAACUGAAUGGCCUAUCACUGUCAUUCAAACCUUACUUUGCCUGGCCGCUCAGUGAUUCGAUAACCGUAUACAGAAUGGAAUACACAACUGAGACUGAGGGGGUGGCUGCAUGAUAAAAAAAAUAAAAAUUCCUGUCUUACCACGACAUGUGUCUACAUUCACUGUCUUACCACGACAUGUGUCUAAAUUCACUGUCUUACCACCACAUGUGUCUACAUUCACCGUCUUACCACGACAUGUGUCUACAUUCACUGUCUUACCACGACAUGUGUCUACAUUCACUGUCUUAGAACGACACAUGUGUCUACAUUCACUGUCUUACCACAUGUGUCUAAAUUCACUGUAUUACCACAUGUGUCUACAUUCACUGUCUUACCACGACAUGUGUCUACAUUCACUGUCUUACCACAUGUGUCUACAUUCACUGUCUUACCACGACAUGUGUCUACAUUCACUGUCUUACCACGACAUGUGUCUACAUUCACUGUCUUACCACAUGUGUCUACAUUCACUGUCUUACCACGACAUGUGUCUACAUUCACUGUCUUACCACAUGUGUCUACAUUCACUGCCUUACCACGACAUGUGUCUACAUUCACCGUCUUACCACGACAUGUGUCUACAUUCACUGUCUUACCACGACAUGUGUCUACAUUCACUGUCUUAGAACGACACAUGUGUCUACAUUCACUGUCUUACCACGACAUGAGUCUAAAUUCACUGUAUUGCCACAUGUGUCUACAUUCACUGUCUUACCACGACAUGUGUUAACAUUCCCCGUCUUACCCAAAUGUGUUAACAUUCCCCGUCUUACCCAAAUCUGUUAACAUUCCCCGUCUUACCCAAGUCUGUUAACAUUCCCCGUCUUACCCAAAUGUGCGCCUCCACUCCAUGUCUUAUGUGUCUUCACUCGGUCUUAGCUCAAUUUGUCUUCACUCUGUCUUAGCUCAAUAUGUCUUUUUAAGAAAUUCCCCUCCCCACUGACCUUGAAAUGGAUCCAUUUAUUUCCUUCCAAUGUCUACGGCUUCUCUCCCCUCAAUGACAGACCUUUCCUUCCAAUGUCUACGGCUUCUCACCCCUCAAUGACAGACCUUUCCUUCCAAUGUCUACGGCUUCUCUCCCCUCAAUGACAGACCUUUCCUUUCAAUGUCUACGGCUUCUCUCCCCUCAAUGACAGACCUUUCCUUUCAAUGAGUCAUUCGGUCCAGAAACUCUCCACUUCCCGGUGUCCGCUGUGCAAUACGCCACAGAGCACCAUGGUACAACUAAUGAUAAGGUCAACAUGUCACGUUGUUGUAAUACAUGCUGGGAUUAUGGGGCGGUACAAUAAGUCAAUGGUUCCCAUAAGCUGUACACUAAGUUAUGUUGUGUGUUCACAACUUAUAACAUGUACACAAUCAUUGCACAGCUUAUAACAUGUACACAACCAUUGUACAACUGUAUAACAUGUAUACAACAAUUUUACAGCUUAUAACAUGUGCACAACCAUUUUACGACUAUAUAACAUGUGCACCACCAUUGAACAACUAUCUAACAUGUACACAACCACUACACUUGACUUUGUGACUAAUGCAUAUGUUUGCAUACGUUCAUGAUGCCGAUGCUAUAUGUUGUGACAGUGACAGCUGCUAUUCUGUAGUUUAUGUUGUGUGCUAUUGUGCAUACACUACACACCGAAACAAAAGCCCUUCAGCCCUGGUGACCCAGUGAAUGUGUCAUCAGCUAAGCCUCUAGUCAACUUCUAUUUUCAGAGAUAUGGAUACAUUUGGCUUACUGUUUAUUGCUUUAUACAGAAUAUAUAUAUAUAUAUAUAUAUACACAUACGAUGUAUAUAAAGAUGUAUUGACACCCCCUCCCGCCUCAUAAGAGUACCUAUAAUUUAUAAUUGAAGAUGUUUAGACAACGUUCAAAUAUAAGGUAUAUAUUCUUUAAAAUCAAUAAAAUAGAUUCUGGAGCCAAUAAUGGUUUCCACACAUUAUUUGGUUAGUCCCGUCCCCCCCCCCCUUCUUUCCUGUGUAUUACAAUGUCAGCUCAUUUGGGCAGGUAAAGAAACGGUUUUUGGAGAACUCUUCUUUGCUGAUGACUGUGCCCUAAGCUCUAAAUGCAAGCUCGGGACUGAAAUUGCAGCAAAUACUUGAUCGCUUUGCUAAGGCCUGCGACAACUACGACCUCGCCAUCAGUACGAACCCCCCCCCCCCCCCCCCCCCCCCCCCCCCCCCCCCCCCCCCCCCUUUCCUCCCAAUCUUGCACCAGCCAGGUCCAGUGAAAGCUUUCAAAGCACCUAAAAUAUCAGUAAAGGGACAUACUCUCCAAGCAGUAGAAACAUUCACAUAUUUGAGCGGCGCCAUUUCUAGGCCAGCAACUAUAGAUGCCGAGAGCAAUAAACGAAUUUCCAAAACAGAUGUUGCAUUUGGCGUGCUCCGCAGGAGUGUGUGGGAGUGAAGGAGUCUCGGUCUUGUCAUUAAGCUGAAUGUAUAAGGGCAAUCGUAUUAACAUCACUCCUAUGUGCUAGCGAGACGUGGACAGUGUACAGCAGACACGCUAGACAGCUAAACCAUAUCCACCUAAGAUGGCAGGACAGAGUCACUGAUACAUUUGUGUCAGCCAGAGGCGUAGCUAAGAGUGUUUGGCGCCCGGGGACAAGAUUCAUUUUAAAGCGCCUUAUUUUCUUGUUUUAACUCUCAAACCCAUUAUUUUAAUCAAUAAAAUAAUAUCAAAGCACAAUUUGGCGCCCCUCACUAGCUGGCGCCUGGGUACUGCCCCCCCCCCACUUUCGCUACGCCUCUGGUAUCAGCAUUCACACGCUCUUACAAAAAGGACAAGCCAGAUGGACAGAGCAUGUCGCUAGAAUGUUCAUUGUUCGGUGAACUCUCCAAUGGGAAAUGAAACGCUCAGUUAGUGGGCAGAAAACCGCUUCACUUAAAUCCAUCGACAUUGAACUUGAUUCUUGGGGGACACUUGCCACGGACCGCACAAAUAAGCUGACGUGGCAGACUCACUUUCGGAACAAAAUCCUCCAAAAAAUAAGCUGUCGUGGUAGACUCAUUAUCGGGGUGAAGUCCUCAGUGAAUAAGCUGACGUAGCAGACUCACUGUCGGAACAAAAUCCUAAAUAAAUAAGCUGGCGUGGCAGACUGACUGUCGGAACAAAAUCCUAAAUAAAUAAGCUGGCGUGGCAGACUUACUGUCGGAACAAAAUCCUCAGAGAAAAAGCUGACGUGGCAGACACACUGUCGGAACAAAAUCCUAAAUAAAUAAGCUGGCGUGGCAGACUUACUGUCGGAAAAAAAACUCAGAGAAUAAGCUGGCGUGGCAGACUCGCUGUCGGAGGGAAAUCCUCAGAGAAUACCACUACACCACAUUGUGACCAACACAGACACAUUUCCAUCACCAAACCAGUGUGGCCAACAUAGACAUAUAUUUCAACCGCUACAACUACAACACAAUGUGACCAACAUAGACACACAUCCCAACCACUACAACUACAACACAAUGUGACCAACAUAGACACACAUCCCAACCACUACAACUACAACACAAUGUGACCAACAUAGACACACAUUUCAACCACUACAACUAAAGUACAAUGUGACCACCACAGACACACAUGUCAACCACUACAACACAAUGUGACCAACACAGACACACAUGUCAAUCAUUACAACACAAUGUGACCAACACAGACACACAUGUCAACCACUACAACACAAUGUGACCAACAUAGACACGCAUGUCAACCACUAAAACACAAUGUGACCAACACAGACACCCAUGUCAACCACUACAAGACAAUGUGACCACCACAGACACACACGUCAACCACUACAACACAAUGUGACCACCACAGACACACAUGUCAACCACUACAAGACAAUGUGACCAACACAGACACACAUGUCAACCACUACGACACAAUGUGACCACCACAAACACACAUGCCAACCACUACAAGACAAUGUCAACCACUACAACACAAUGUGACCACCACAGACACACAUGUCAACCACUACAAGACAAUGUGACCAACACAGACACACAUGUCAACCACUACAAGACAAUGUGACCACCACAGACACACAUGUCAACCACUACAAGACAAUGUGACCAACACAGACACACAUGUCAACCACUACAACACAAUGUGACCACCACAGACACCCAUGUCAACCACUACAAGACAAUGUGACCAACACAGACACACAUGUCAACCACUACAAGACAAUGUGACCACCACAGACACACAUGUCAACCACUACAAGACAAUGUGACCAACACAGACACACAUGAUAUGCAUCACCCCGCCCCACGGGGACUAUGAAGUCAAAAUCUUUCAAAGAUAAUCUCUACGAGCGUUUAAUGGCGUGUGUGGAGGGGCGACCUGGGGAGGUGGGGGGGGGGAGGGGGUGCAAGGUCACGACUAUAUACCCCUGGUGUUCAAUGUUCAUAACAAUAUUUUCUUGUGGCAUUUUCUGAACUGAAGAUUUUAUGGACCUCGUCUGUCUAUUUAGUCAGCUACAACUGUUAUAAAACAUUGCUGUAAGUGAAGUCUGGUUAGACAUUCCAUUUCUUUCACUCAGCUGUUACACAGCCAUCAUGUACCGUGAGCUAGAAUGUGGACAGCAUGUAGACUGUCAGAAUAUGGUCAGUCUGUAGUGAGAAUUGUAAGAGAAUCCCAAGUUUAUAUUUAUAGCACACCGUGGCGCUGUGUAGUGUGUAGCUGUGCGAUGUGCUCUCUGUUGACUGUUGUCACUUCUGAGACGGCUCUACUAGACUAGAGAUAUUCUGCUGUCACACGGGUGUAUUACAUGCAUGUGUAUGGGAAUUGUGAUGAGGGAAAGAAAAGACCCGCUGGCUGAUUGUGUCUUUAAAUCAGUAACCAGCUUCUAAUGGCCCAUGCUUUUGACCAGGUUUCGUCGGUAUGUUUUUUAAAAUCAAUAUUUAUCGAUUAAUUGGUACUAAUUGAACAGUGAGACAAACUUAGCCCAAGUGUAUCUGAUGUCCAUCACAUUCUUAGUGUUAUGUGUGUCAGACAACUCAAUUGUUUUAUGCGCAUAGACAAAAAAGUAAGAGAUUACAUCACUAGUAUUACAUGAUGAAAUAUUUAUCUUUUUUUGUUACAUGUGAAUUCAGUUUUGCUCCUUGUGCAGUAAGAUAAGUCAUUAUUGUAUACCAGUGCAGUAAGAUAAGUCAUUAUUGUUAUACCAGUGCAUUAAGAUAAGUCAUUAUUGUUAUACCAGUGCAGUAAGAUAAGUCAUUAUUAUACAAGUGCAGUAAGAUAAGUCAUUAUUGUUAUACCAGUGCAUUAAGAUAAGUCAUUGUUAUACCAGUGCAGUAAGAUAAGUCAUUAUUGUUACACCAGUGCAGUAAGAUAAGUCAUUAUUGUUACACCAGUGCAGUAAGAUAAGUCAUUAUUGUUACACCAGUGCAGUAAGAUAAGUUAUUAUUGUUACACCAGUGCAGUAAGAUAAGUCAUUAUUGUUACACCAGUGCAGUAAGAUAAGUCAUUAUUGUUAUACCAGUGCAGUAAGAUAAGUCAUUAUUGUUACACCAGUGCAGUAAGAUAAGUCAUUAUUGUUAUACCAGUGCAGUAAGAUAAGUCAUUAUUGUUGUAGGAGGCACUCAGCUUGAAUUCUUCUUAUUUCAUCCCCCCCCCUAGAUUUUAAAAUUCAUUUAUAUUUUUGGAGAAAAAAAUGUGCUGUACAACAUACAUGCAAUAUGAUUUGAUAGUUAGCUUUUACUUUACUGUCAUGUGAUGUCAGUGAUGUGUCUGUCUUUUGCUCCACUUGUUUCAAACACUUGACAAAUGGCACUUGAAAAGUUUCACAAGAAAUUUAACAACAACUGAACUCUGAAAUACAACUACAUCACAUUUUCAUUUCUUGGCAACUUCAAGGGAUGUAACUAGAUUAAUAAUUGAAAAUUAGAUUUAAUAAAGUUGCCUUCCUGUCCCUUGAUAAGAAAAAGCUGUCAAAUUUGGAACUACAAAUACAUGAAAUAUUCUCACCUUUUAUAUUUUGCAGUCAGUAAUUUUAAGGGCCCGCCAGAGUUUGAUAGUAUAAACCCAAUUGCCAGACUAAGCUGUGUACUGAAUUUCCUCUCCCAAUGAUAACUUGCAGAGCAAUGUCUGAAACAAUAAACAAGUCAUUAUCUCAAGUGUAGAAAGAGGUUUGAAGAUUUUUUAACAGUAGUAACCUGAGUGACACUUGUUAACAGACAGUAACACACCAACACAGUAGCUCCGCCUACUCAAACAAUAAAAUAUGUGUUCCCCUGUGUCAGCAGAUUAACAAAUUUCAAUGCGAUACACUUGUAGACACACAAUGGCUCAUCAAGCCACUAGCCGUGCCAACUCAAAAUUCUAACCAUAAAUUAUGUCUCAUGUGACAAUGAAAUCUGAGUUCUACAGGAAGUGUCAUUCCAUCCUUGCUGCACGUUCUGCAAUGGCUGGACCUAGGCCUGCAUUGUGUACACUAGAAUUGUGUAUUGCAAGUUCACAUUAUUGCUGUAGAUUGUAGUUCAAUCACAGCAUUGUAACAUACGUAGAUGAAUUCCAUGUGUGCAUAAACAAUCCAUGAGGAGUGUCACCCUAUUUGACUUGAUUUAUAAUGACUGUAUGCCAUUUAUGAGAAAAUGAGAUGAUGAGAAAACCUAUUUAGCUUUAAAAUAAACUUCUGAGUUUCAUGUUCACAGAAUGUUGGUUUCUGAGAAGGCACAAUGACUAAUGGUGUUUGUUUAGCCAGGUACUAUGCUGUGUGAACAAUAUUUUUAUUGUGUGUUGCAGGCAUCUGGCAAAAUGGACAUCAAUGACUGUCAACAGGUGCCUCAGUUUGAGAAAUCCAAUCCAUUGGCCCAGGUAGGUGCUGGAUCUUAAGGUGUAUCUGUGUCAUCAGCAGGGGCUACAUAUUAAUGUUUCUUUCUGCGUCCAUCAGUAGGAGCUACAUCUUAAUGUCUCUGUCUAUGUCAUUGGUAAGGGCUACAUCUUAAUGUGUCUGUGUCAUCAGUAGGGGCUAUAUGAUAAUGUGUCUGACUUUGUUGGUAGGUGUUAUAUCUUAAUGUCUUAAUGUGUCUGUCUGUGUCAGGUGCUACAUGUUAAUGUGUCUGAAGGUGUUACACCUUAAUGUGUGUCUGUGACAGUACGUGUUACAUCUCAAUGUGUGUUUGGGUUAGUAAGUGCUACAUCAUUAUGUGUCUAUGUCAUAGUUGCUUUAUGUUGAUGUGUCUGUCUGUGUCAGUAGUUGCUGGAUCUUAAUGUGUCAGUAGGUGGUACAUUUGAGUGAGUCUGGCUUUGUCAAAGAUUUUACAUCUUAUUGUGCCUGUCUGUGUCAGCAUAUUGCUGUGUCAGUAGAUGCUACAGCUCAAUGUGUCAGUAGAUGUUACAGCUCAAUGUGUCAGUAGAUGCUACAGCUCAUUGUGUAGUAGGUUCUUCAUCUUAAUGUGUCAUUGUGCCAAAUGUUAAAUUUUAAUGUGUCAUCCAGUGCUUUAGCUUAGGGUGUCAUUUAUUUGUCAGUUGGGGCUACAUCUUUAGUCUUAAUGUGUCCACCUGUGUCAGUCACAGCUAAUGAGUUGGGAACUCCUGGCUUGAGACUGUCCUCUGAUCCUAACAUUUUGGAACCCGUGAUGUAUAUGACUUUUCUCAAUUUCCCUUGGUUCAUCCACUUUUCCUACUAUAUAUGACUUUGCCCUAUAUCCAUGGAACUCCCAUUUCUCUUAAUGUAAAUGACUUUGCCCUAUAUCCAUGGAACUCCCAUUUCUCUUACUGUAAAUGACUUUGCCCUAUAUCCAUGGAACUCCCAUUUCUCUUACUGUAAAUGACUUUUGCUCUAUAUCCAUGGAACUCCCAUUUCUCUUACUGUAAAUGACUUUGCCCUAUAUCCAUGGAACUCCCAUUUCUCUUACUGUAAAUGACUUUGCCCUAUAUCCAUGGAACUCCCAUUUCUCUUACUGUAAAUGACUUUUGCUCUAUAUCCAUGGAACUCCCAUUUCUCUUACUGUAAAUGACUUUGCCCUAUAUCCAUGGAACUCCCAUUUCUCUUACUGUAAAUGACUUUGCCCUAUAUCCAUGGAACUCCCAUUUGUCUUACUGUAAAUGACUUUGCCCUAUAUCCAUGGAACUCCCAUUUCUCUUACUGUAAAUGAUUUUUGCUCUAUAUCCAUGGAACUCCCAUUUCCCUUACUGUGUUUGACUUUUCUCUAUAUUCCUAGGUCCCUCCACUUCCCCUGCUGUUAGGCGAGUAUCCUGUGCUGGUGUCCCAGACUGCUGAUGGUAAUGCCAUGAUCACCAACUUCAGGUUCUGUGUGUGUGAGCGUCACUCCUUCAUCAAUAUUCCUCUGAUGAUGGUGUCAGACUUGCUGGUCAUCGAGGCAGCCAAACGUCUGCGUGUGGGUUGUAAGGAUGGUGCCACAUACAGGUAUCAACUUGUCUUACUUUCACUCACAAGACCAUUGAGCAGAUUUUAUUUUAUGUUCAUCCCAUAAUCUGAUCCUUUUCUUUAACUGUUUUAUUCAUCAAAUAUCUCUGGUCCAUCUAUCAUAUACCUCUAAGCUGAUUUAUCAAGUACAUUCACAUUGGAUUCAUUUGGGCCUGUGAAUACAAUUUUCUUUCAGCUGCACGUUUGCAACUGCUGAAGACUGCAAUCAGUGUACAUCACUACUACGUGAAAGGACUGGCCAGCCCACCACUGCUAAGAAACUGUUUGCAUACACUUUCUAUCGACUUGUGCAGCAGAAAGAAAAAUCUACCGGCCAGUUGUCUGUGUCAGAGGUCCAGCAAAUCUCUCUUUGUCAACCAGGUAUUUGUCACUUGUACUGCUUAAUUAUAUUUUUUACUGUUCAGGAUGUAGUGUAUUUAGUGUAUUUUUGGAUGUUCAGGUGGCAGUACUACUUUAGUGUAUUUUUGGAUGUUCAGGAGGCAGUACUACUUUAGUGUAUUUGUGGAUGUUCAGGAGGCAGUACUACUUUAGUGUAUUUUUGGAUGUUCAGGAGGCAGUACUACUUUAGUGUAUUUUUGGAUGUUCAGGAGGCAGUACUACUUUAGUGUAUUUUUGGAUGUUCAGGAGGCAGUACUACUUGAGUAUAUUUUCAGAUCUCCAGCACUUUAUUAACCAGGUAAAUUAUUUUCAUAUUUUUUAUCUCUUCUAAUGUGUGUAGUGUCAAAAUUAAAAUGAUUCCAUCUCUCUCAAGGUGAUGACAAGUUCUCUUACACAUUCGGCAAGGAAGUUACACGGCUUGGAUUUGACACCAGCAGAAAAAAAAUCUGGAGAAUGAGUUCUGCCAAUGAGAGAUAUGAGUGAGUGAUUUGUAUUAUGGGAGUGACUGAAUUUGUGUGUGCCACAUAUCCCAAUUAGUAUUGAUAUAUUGAACUAUGGUUCUGUUGGCCAGGUUUUGUGCCACAUAUCCCAAUUAGUAUUGAUAUAUUGAACUAUGGUUCUGUUGGCCAGGUUUUGUGCCACAUAUCCCAAUUAGUAUUGAUAUAUUGAACUAUGGUUCUGUUGGCCAGGUUUUGUGCCACAUAUCCCAAUUAGUAUUGAUAUAUUGAACUAUGGUUCUGUUGGCCAGGUUUUGUGCCACAUAUCCCAAUUAGUAUUGAUAUAUUGAACUAUGGUUCUGUUGGCCAGGUUUUGUGCCACAUAUCCCAAUUAGUAUUGAUAUAUUGAACUAUGGUUCUGUUGGCCAGGUUUUGUGCCACAUAUCCCAAUUAGUAUUGAUAUAUUGAACUAUGGUUCUGUUGGCCAGGUUUUGUGUCACAUAUCCCACUUAGUAUUGAUUUAUUGAACUAUGGUUCUGUUGGCCAGGUUUUGUGCCACAUAUCCCACUUAGUAUUGAUUUAUUGAACUAUGGUUCUGUUGGCCAGGUUUUGUGUCACAUAUCCCACUUAGUAUUGAUAUAUUGAACUAUGGUUCUGUUGGCCAGGUUUAGUGCCACAUAUCCCACUUAGUAUUGAUUUAUUGAACUAUGGUUCUGUUGAUCAGGUUUUGUGCCACAUAUCCCAAGGAUCACAUUCUACCUGCAACCUAUGAGGAUGACAAACUCAAGUCCAGCCUGGACUUCAGGGCAAUGAAAAGAUUUCCAUCUGUUGUUUGGAGGUGAGAACUUUUAUCAAGUUCAACAUUGUCGUGGUGUCUGUGAAUGUCAGAUGGAUUUUAUGCAUGACUGGAUUUUAAGACAGAUGUAUUUGUCUGCAAUUCUUUAUUUGUAUUUUGAUGCUGUUGACAUUCAGAUCCAACUAUUACUAUAUUUUGUACUAUAACACUAUAAGUCGGGCUCAAAUGUAUUAGACAACUCAGUUGUAAUUAAGAUCAAUGCCAUUUGACAAAUUGAUAGCACAUUAUUUCAUAUAAAUUCAUUAGGUAUUUUUAUAAUGAUGUAAUUUAUAUAAAAGCAUUAGACAAGUUGUAAUAUAAUUUAUCCAGGGACAAGUCAUCGGGUGUUGUUCUUAUCCGAAGUAGCCAACCACUGUCCAGCUUCCUUGGUCUCAGCUACUUCCACAACCCAGCCGAUGUGGCUCUCCUUGAGGACAUUGUACAGGCCUGUAACAAGUAAGAUUUCAACCUUCCAUAUCUCACAACAUUGACACAUAUGAAAGUAAGAUUUCAACUUUUCAUUUUUCACAAAGUCAACUGUAAUAAUACUUCAUCCAUAAACGAAGCACCCCUGAUGUAACGCAUACAAAAAAAAUUUAGAUACUCUUGUAAGACAUCUUCAAAAUUCGUGACACUUGUUACUCCUAGAUGCCACACGUCGUUUAUGGAGUUCCCCCAAGUACAAUUUCACCUUUCCUUAUCGCACAACAUCGUCACCUGUAAGAAGUACAAUUUUUACCUGUUCAUAUCUCUUAAAAUGUCACCAGUAGUAAGUUGCAUUGAUCUAGCUAACAUGAUAUCAUCGAUUGAUUCCACAGGGAAAGGGAUUAUCUGGCAGCUGAGGAACAAACUCGAGUCGGAAAGGCUCUUCUUGAGCAGGGUGAAACUUUGUCAGCUAUACAGAGCAGAGGAAUGGGAGGUAACUGCCAAACAAACUCUUGUAACGAGGAGGUCUCUCUUUCUUCAAUGUUAAAUGACACAGUAAACUGGGAGAUUGAAAAUGAUCCCGAAGUGGAUGGUAAUAUCCAGAGUUUUAUCUUGAUGUCCUAGCACCCUCCUCACCUGUGCUUCCUGGAGUUGGGCAUCACUUCUCAUAUCUUGAUAUAAGGAGUAGAAACAAACCCCUUUAAUUUUUAUCUUUAAUUUUUUUCCUUUUUUACCUUUUUUAUUUUUUUCAUUUUUCUCUACUCCCUAUUGAUGGAACUAUGUUGUUGUUCGUUCGUUGAAGUCGACUAGGACCAUCGGGUCAUCCAAAGGUUAGGGGGAGGUUGGGUUAUGGUGAGCUUGUAGGUGGUUUGCUAGACCGAUCUGUGCUCUGAAUAAUCUUUGGCACUGCGGGCAGGGGAUAGUUGCUUCAGACGGUGACCUAAUGUUGCUCUUUCGGGCAAGCCUGCGUGUCUCAGCUGUGGACAUCCUAUUAGCUUCAUGGGAUUUAGCCCCCUUCUAGACAGAAGCUCUCCACCUGGCUCUGUCCUGGGCUGUCUGCACCCAUUGAGUAGGGUUUAUGCUGAAGGCCGUUAGUGCCACUUUCAGUGAGUCUUUGUAACGCUUUUUUUGACCUCCUUGGGAGCGCUUGCCUAUCAUGAGUUCUCCGAAGAAUAUCUGUUUUGGGAGCCGGUGGUCUUCCAUACGGGCUACAUGUCUCAUCCAACAGAACUGAGACUGCAUCAGAGUGGUGAAGAUACUAGGUAGGUUCGCUCUAGUGAGGACCUCGGUGUCGGGGAAUUUGUCUUGCCACCUGAUGCAGAGGAGUUUCCUGAGGCAGGUUGUGUGAAAAUGAUUCAUUUUCUUAGCGUGACGCUGGUAGACUGUCCACAUUUCACAUCCGUAGAGCAGUGACGGGAGGACUGCUGCGCUAUAGACCUUGAUCUUCGUUUCUCGAGUGCUGUGGAGCCUGCCAAAUAUGGCACUAGCUUUUGUGAGUGGCAUUCAUUUCAUCAUCCAUGACGACAGAUCUAGAGAGGGUGCUGCCCAAGUAAGUAGAUUUAUCCACCAGGUUGAGACCCUGCCCACUGAUGAUGAUGUUGGGUUCAACAUAGGGCUUACUGGGAGCUGGCUGAUACAUCACCUCAGUCUUCUUUGUGUUGAUUGUGAGGCCAAAUUUGUUGCAGGCCUCAGAGAAGAUAUCAACGCUGUGUUGCAUGACGGCUUCUGAGGGAGCAUUUAGGGCACAAUCAUCUGUAAACAGAAGCUCGUUGAUCGUUUUAUGUUUGACCUUGGUGUUAGCUUGAAGCCUCCUAAGGUUAAAUACUGAUCCAUCAGUACGAAACCGGAUUGGCAAGCCCAUGGUGGAGUCCUUAAACGCUUCAGACAGCAUUGCGGAAUACAUAAUACUGAAGAGUGUGGGACCAAGAACACAAACCUGCUUUACACCCUUUGUGAUGAGGAAUGCUUGAAAUGACUGACCUGCACUCGGGCCAUCAUGCAGCUGACAGAUGAUGUUGGUGAACUUGUCUGGGCAUCCGUACUUCUUCAUGAUUUUCCACAGGCCACCUCUCUUGACCCUGUCAAAGGCCUUAUUCAAGUCGAUAAAUGUAGAAUAUAGUUCUGUAUUUUGCUCCUGGCAUUUCUCUUGAAGCUGCCUAGCAGCAAACACCAAAUCGAUAGUUCCGCGUUUUUUGCGGAAACUGCAUUGACUUUCGGGUAGGAGAUCCAGCUCCAGAUGUACAUUCAAGCGGUUCAGAAGGGCUCGGGCCAAGAUCUUGCCUGCGAUGGACAGUAGUGAAAUUCCGCGGUGAUUGUCGCAGACCUGUCGGUUUCCUUUGUGUUUGCACAGGUGGAUAAUGGAGGCAUCUUUGAGGUCCUGUGGUACAGUUUCCGUCUGCCAGAUGAUCUGGAAUAGAAGCAAUAGCUUAUCCGUCAGCCCUGGUCCACCCUGUUUGUAGAUUUCGGCAGGAAUCAUAUCGGGGCCAGGUACUUUGCCAUUGGACAUUUGGCGGAUUGCUGUCUGUAUCUCAUCAAAAGUUGGGACGGCAUCUAGUGACUUGUUCGUUGGGACCUGAGUGAGUCUUUCAAUGGCCUCAUCAUUAAUGAUGGAAGGCGUAUUUAGCACACUUUCAAAGUGUUCCACCCAUCUUUCCAAGAUUUUCUCUUUGUCUGUGAUGAGUGUAGAACCGUCUGCACUAAGGAGAGGGGAAGAGCCUGAUGUGGCAACUCCAUAGAUUUCUAUCAGGCCACGGUAGAAGUUUUUGUCUGCAAAACUCUGAAUUUCAUCAGCUUUUGCAUUCAACCAGGAAUCUUGCAUCUGGCGCUCACGACAUCCUCGGUAAACAUCACCCAAACCGAAAACCAUGGGUGACAGCUGACAUACUUGAUCUGUGUGAUAAAUGGAGGCAGUUAAAGAAAACAAAAAUGGUGGGCCAUUAAAUAUAGGACAGUUAACCAAGCCAUCAAAAAAGCUAAGAAAAGGGCAAAGAAGAACUGGAUUGAAGAGCAAUGCUACGACAUUGAAAACUGCUUGAAGAAAAACAAUAGCAAAAAAGCUUACCAGUUGGUGAAAGAACUAACCACUGCAAAACAAGGGCGUAGGUUGCCAUACAGGAUAAAAAUGGUAAAUGUUUGACCGAAGAAAAUGAUAUCAUCAAACGAUGGACUGAAUACUGUUCAGAGCUUUAUAAUGAAAGUAUAAAGAUAGACCCAGAGAUCCUUAAUGUCCCUCCAGCAACAGACAAUGAUAACUACCCUAUUCUCCGCGCAGAACUAGAAACAGCAGUCCAGGCACUCCAAACAGGAAAGGCCGCAGGAGUUGAUAAUGUCCCUGCUGAGUUGAUGAAACAAGGAGGAGAAGCAAUGAUAAGUGGGAUAAGUGAUUCAAUAUUUGUAACAAAAUCUGGCUUACAGGAGAAUGGCCCAAACCAUGGACCCAAUCACUCAUCGUCACCCUCCCCAAAAAAGGUAACCUACAGCUAUGCCAAAACUAUCGCACAAUUAGCCUAAUAAGCCAUCCAAGCAAGGUCAUGCUGAAGAUCAUAUUGAACCGACUAAAACCAUAUGCCGACAGAAUCAUUGCUGAAGAACAGGCGGGCUUCAGACAAGGAUGGGGCACUACUGAGCAGAUUCUAAACCUCCGAAUACUAUGUGAGAAAUAUGCUCAACACCAACAAAAUCUAUACCACGUCUUUGUUGACUUCAAGAAAGCAUUUAACAGGGUUUGACAUGCUGCUUUAUGGGCCAUCAUGAGGCACUAAAACAUCAACACAAACCUAAUCAGCAUGAUAUGCAACCUCUAUGAUAAGGCCACCAGUGAAGUCUUCCUCAACAACAACAUCGGAGAAUGAUUCUAGACCACGGUCGGAGUACGACAAGGCUGCCUGCUCUCCCCCACCCAAUUCAACAUCUUCCUAGAGAGAAUUAUGUCCGAUGCUCUGGAAGCACAUGAAGGGACAGUCAGCAUUGGUGGCAGAACAAUCACCAACCUACGCUUUGUGGACGACAUAGACGUGCUGGCUGGGAACGAAGAAGAGCUAGCCGACCUGGUAAAGCGUCUCGAUAAGACCUUGUCGUCCUACGGCAUGCUAAUCAAUGCCGAAAAGAUAAAACUGAUGACAAAUAAUACCGCAGGCAUCACCACUGAAAUUAAGGUCGGGGAGGAAAGAUUAGAGACUGUCGGCCGCUUCAAAUACCUAGGAGCAACAGUCUCAGAAGAAGGCUCCAAGCCCGAACUGAUGCCCAGGAUUGCGCAGACUACAACAGCACUAAAAAAGCUCAAGAAAAUAUGGAAUGACAAAAAUACAGCGCCCAGCACCAAAAUCAGGCUGAUGCGCUCAUUAGUCCUCUCCAUUUUCCUGUAUGCCUGCGAAUCCUGGACAGUAACAGUCGAUCUUGAAAGGAAAAUAAAGGCGAUGGAGAUGAGAAGCUUCAGAAUAAUUUUUGGCAUCUGCUAUAGGGACCAAAGCUUACAUGAUACAGUGAAAGAAAGGGUUCGUCAGGCAAUUAGGGAGUACGAUGACCUACUGGUGACUGUGAAAAAACGCAAAUUACAAUGGUACGGCCACGUAACAAGGAAUCAAGGGCUUGCCAAAGAAAUAUUGCAGGGCACCACAAGAGAAGGGAGAAGAAGUGGAAGACAAAGAAAAAGAUGGGAGGAUAACAUCAAAGAGUUGACAGGACUAACACUGGGCGAUGCAGUGCGUAGAGCUGAAGACAGAGAGGAAUGGAGGAGGAUGGUUCACAUGUCAUCUGUGGCGCCCCAACGGUUCAAGGACUAAGGGACAUGAGGAUGAGGAUUGAGGUAUCUGGACCUUGCUGCGGAUGCUCCUAAGAGCAUCUGUCUUUGCUGUUGACAUUGGGUCAUCAUGGAGGGCCUUGUACGCCCGACCCUUUUGCUCAAGUAGCAUUUGGAUUGCUGUGUUGUUUUCGUCAAACCAAUCCCUGUGUUUCCUCAUAGAGGGUCCGAGGCGCUCAGCGGCUCUGUUAUAGACUGUCUCACGAAGCGUGGUCCACGCUUUUUCCACAUCCUGGUUGUCCAUUGUGAUUGUAUCAAGGCAUUGAUCCAGGUUGUCAACAAAGGUUUGUCUCACAUCAGGGACCUUCAGCUUACUGAUGUUGAGGCGUUUCGCAGCUUUGGUGGCCGGAGGUCGUCUCUUAGGUUGGAUGUGAAUUUUCAUCUUGGAGAUGAUGAGGCGGUGAUCCGUCCAACAUUCUGCACCACACAUGGCCUUAGUCACCCUCACGUACUGGCGGUCCCUAUUUCUGAUGAUGACAUAAUCAAUUAGGUACCAGUUUUUUGAACUGGAGUGCAUCCAGGAGGUCCUGAUGCACGUAGGCAGGCUGAAGGUGGUGUUCGUUAUUAGAAGGCCAUGUUCAGCACAGGUCUGAAGUAGCAGUAGGCCGUUGCUGUUGUACUUUCCAACACCAUACUUCCCAAUCACUCCCCCCAGGAGGUGUAGUCACUGCCAACACUUGUAUUGAAAUCUCCAAGUAUGAUGAGUUUGUCAGCAGUCGGUGUGGAAGAGAUGACAGUGCUCAGGUCUUCAUAAAAUUUGUUUUUGGUCUCUUCUGUGUUUGUCAUGGUGGGCUCAUAGGCACUGACUAAGGUAGCAGACUUCUUUCCAUGGCAGAGGGGGAUUUUCAACGUCAUGAGACGGUCAUUUAUACCUAUUGAAGAGCUGGGGAGCUUGCUCACAAGAGAUGUUUUGAUAGCAAAGCCAACACCAGCUUCUCGCCUUGCGUCGGGGUCGCGACAGCUCCAGAAGAAAGAAUAGCCAGCAAGCCUUUCUGUGAUUUCACCCUUGCCAGAGAGUCUGGUUUCACUGAGGGCGGCGAUGUCUAUAUUGUAUCUCUCAAGCUCAUGGCAAUGAGGGCUGUGCGUCGUUGAGGUCUGUUAGAAGUGUCCCUGUCAAGCAGUGUGCGUAUGUUCCAUGUGGCAAUUUUCAGUGAAAUAAUCAACUUCCGGCUGCAACAAGAUGGUGGAGAAAAAAAAUCCAAAAGAACACAAAAGGAAGGAAACUUGGAUUUCACUAGAAAAUAUUUGUAUUAAAUAGUUCUUUCUUUGGAAUAUAUGCUUAAGAAUAUAUACAGGAUAAAAAUCUUUGUAUCGGAUACGUAAUUUUUCUUUCAACAACAUUUUGUUAACAAAAUCUCCCUUGUCACUAUGCAAAAGAUAACUUCCGGCUACAAUAAGUUGGCGGGGUAAUAAUACACAAAAGGAAGGCAGUCUAAAUUUAUAGAAUUAUAGUUAUAGGAAUUAGUCAUUUAAGUAGAAAAUAGACUAAAAACUCUGGUCAGCAUUUUUGUUUAUAAGGGAUGGAAAUAUAAAAAGGGAAUCAAAUACUUAUUCUCAUGUUCACCUUCCCUAGCAAAAGUUACAUCCCCUAGCUUAAGUUACUUCCAUUUACUAAAGAUACCUCCCCUAUAGAAGGAGCCCCAUACACUAAUGAGGACUCACCAGAUGGAAGGUACAUAUUGUUUUCAAGAUGGUCGCACUGGGAAUAACACAUGUUAUCUCAAAAUCUGCUAUUUAAAAAAUGUUCUAUAUAAAUUGUGUUUUCAACAUUUGUUCUAUAUAAACUGUGUUUUCAACAUUUGUUCUAUAUAAACUGUGUUUUCAACAUUUGUUCUAUAUAAAUUGUGUUUUCAACAUUUGUUCUAUAUAAACUGUGUCUUCAACAUUUGUUCUAUAUAAACUGUGUUUUCAACAUUUGUUCUAUAUAAACUGUGUUUUCAACAUUUGUUCUAUAUAAACUGUGUUUUCAACAUUUGUUCUAUAUAAACUGUGUUUUCAACAUUUGUUCUAUAUAAAUUGUGUUUUCAACAUUUGUUCUAUAUAAACUGUGUUUUCAACAUUUGUCCUAUACACACUACGUUUUCAACAUAUGUUCUAUAUCAGUGGUUCUCAACCUUUCUAAUGCCGCGACCCUUAAAUACAGUUCCUCAUGUUGUGGCGACCCCCUAAAACAAAAUUACUUUUGUUGAUACUUUAUAACUGUAGAGUAUAUGUGUUUUCCGGUGGUCUUAGGCGACCCCUGGGAAAGGGUCGUUUGACCCCCAAAGGGGUCGCGACCCACAGGUUGAGAACCGCUGUUCUAUAUAAACUGUUUUCAAAAUAUGUUAUAUAUAAACUGUGUUGUACCUAGUGAGUCAAUGACCGUCAUAGGUAAAUGAUCUCCCCUGGUGAGGUGUAAAUAGUACCAUUUGAGAGGUCUAACUGUAUCCCUAUUGGUUGAGCUUAAUCAGAGAUUUAUGUUUCUAUUGAGUUGGACCAACUUAAACCAUCCUUCCAAUGUUUACAAUACUGCAUCAAUGACAAUCAUUCAAUUUUCACCAUACUGCAUCAAUGAUGGACAUUGUCAUUUAAUUUGGGACUUUUUACAUUUUGAUUUUAUAACUAUCAAGGUAGUUCUUUGUUUGGUGUUACAUAGCAUAUGCAGUUGGGGCCUUUUACAAUUAAAAAAAAAAAGAUUAUACAUUUUAAAAAUAUUUUUAAUCCAUAAAAGUCUUACACACACACCCCUCUAAAAUCGUUUCUUAAAUCUCAUUUGGUUCAAAUACUUAAAUUGUCAAAAAUGUCAGGUGCACUCUUAUGUUAUGUGCAGUGCCACUUAUGUUAUUUACAGCUAUAUGUUGUUUGAUUUUUUUAGAUGACACUCGCACCGCCAGGAAGUUGGCUAUAGUUGACUGUCGCAGUUUGGCAGGUGUAUGGGGAAACAGCUUUAAAGGGGGUGGCACAGAAGAUGAAGGUAAGAAGUAGUACUGGUGUAGAAUUUAAGAAUGGGGUACUGGUGUAGAAUUUAAGAAUGGGGUACUGGUGUAGAAUUUAAGAAUGGGGUACUGGUGUAGAAUUUAAGAAUGGGGUACUGGUGUAGAAUUUAAGAAUGGGGUACUGGUGUAGAAUUUAAGAAUGGGGUACUGGUUUAGAAUUUAAGAAUGGGGUACUGGUGUAGAAUUUAAGAAUGGGGUACUGGUGUAGAAUUUAAGAAUGGGGUACUGGUGUAGAAUUUAAGAAUGGGGUACUGGUGUAGAAUUUAAGAAUGGGGUACUGGUGUAGAAUUUAAGAAUGGGGUACUGGUGUAGAAUUUAAGAAUGGGGUACUGGUGUAGAAUUUAAGAAUGGGGUACUGGUGUAGAAUUUAAGAAUGGGGUACUGGUGUAGAAUUUAAGAAUGGGGUACUGGUUUAGAAUUUAAGAAUGGGGUACUGGUGUAGAAUUUAAGAAUGGGGUACUGGUGUAGAAUUUAAGAAUGGGGUACUGGUGUAGAAUUUAAGAAUGGGGUACUGGUGUAGAAUUUAAGAAUGGGGUACUGGUUUAGAAUUUAAGAAUGGGGUACUGGUGUAGAAUUUAAGAAUGGGGUACUGGUGUAGAAUUUAAGAAUGGGGUACUGGUGUAGAAUUUAAGAAUGGGGUACUGGUGUAGAAUUUAAGAAUGGGGUACUGGUUUAGAAUUUAAGAAUGGGGUACUGGUGUAGAAUUUAAGAAUGGGGUACUGGUGUAGAAUUUAAGAAUGGGGUACUGGUGUAGAAUUUAAGAAUGGGGUACUGGUGUAGAAUUUAAGAAUGGGGUACUGGUGUAGAAUUUAAGAAUGGGGUACUGGUUUAGAAUUUAAGAAUGGGGUACUGGUGUAGAAUUUAAGAAUGGGGUACUGGUGUAGAAUUUAAGAAUGGGGUACUGGUGUAGAAUUUAAGAAUGGGGUACUGGUGUAGAAUUUAAGAAUGGGGUACUGGUGUAGAAUUUAAGAAUGUGGUACUGGUGUAGAAUUUAAGAAUGGGGCACUGGUGUAGAAUUUAAGAAUGGGGCACUGGUGUAGAAUUUAAGAAUGGGGUACUGGUGUAGAAUUUAAGAAUGGGGUACUGGUGUAGAAUUUAAGAAUGUGGUACUGGUGUAGAAUUUAAGAAUGGGGUACUGGUGUAGAAUUUAAGAAUGGGGUACUGGUGUAGAAUUUAAGAAUGGGGUACUGGUGUAGAAUUUAAGAAUGGGGUACUGGUGUAGAAUUUAAGAAUGGGGUACUGGUGUAGAAUUUAAGAAUGGGGUACUGGUUUAGAAUUUAAGAAUGGGGUACUGGUGUAGAAUUUAAGAAUGGGGUACUGGUGUAGAAUUUAAGAAUGGGGUACUGGUGUAGAAUUUAAGAAUGGGGUACUGGUGUAGAAUUUAAGAAUGGGGUACUGGUUUAGAAUUUAAGAAUGGGGUACUGGUGUAGAAUUUAAGAAUGGGGUACUGGUGUAGAAUUUAAGAAUGGGGUACUGGUGUAGAAUUUAAGAAUGGGGUACUGGUGUAGAAUUUAAGAAUGGGGUACUGGUUUAGAAUUUAAGAAUGGGGUACUGGUGUAGAAUUUAAGAAUGGGGUACUGGUGUAGAAUUUAAGAAUGGGGUACUGGUGUAGAAUUUAAGAAUGGGGUACUGGUGUAGAAUUUAAGAAUGGGGUACUGGUGUAGAAUUUAAGAAUGUGGUAGACGAAAUAAUUUCAGAAUGAGGUAGACAAAAGAAUGGUGGCCUAAAGAUGUUCAAGGGUUUCUGGUUUGCUUUUAAAAAUACUUUAUUUUUACAAAGGGUUGUUUCAUAUGUUACAAAUACUAGAAGCUUAGAUGAUCAGAUUGUGUGUACAAGGAUGGGUAAGCGCCUUACAGGAACUCCUGAAACCGUACCCAUCCCUGGUCAUUUGGCGUAGCGUCUUGCCACUGGAUAUGGUGGUCCCGGACGAGAGAAUGAGGUUGACGCCGCGCAACUCUUCCUUGCUUUAAACAAAAGUCACCCGCGCAAGUCAUCAGUCACCAGACGACUUGAUGGUCCUCAUCGAUCCUCGACGGACAAACAACAAGGAUGGGAGAGGCUUUUCAACUAAUAUUUCUCUCCUACAAGAAGUUUGAUACUUUUAGAAUCUCCACGCAUUGCUCUUGUAAUUUGUACCAAAACUAAAAUUUAAAAAAUGUAUUGAAAAUUUUGUUGCUGUAAUAGCGCUGGCUCAACAACAAAACAAAAAAGAAAAUAAUAAAUGGGGUUUGCCAUGAUGUAAGUUUGUGAAAUGCUUUUUUCAAGAUACAUUUUUGGGGCAUUUUUUUUAUGAUCAAUUGUGAAAUUUUUGUUUUGAAAAAAAUGUGUACAGAUUAUUUAUUUGAUAUUAUUCUAUCUCAAUGGUUCUCAAACUUUUAAGUUUGGCUGAAAAGUUUCCCAUUGCACCUUUAGGGCAUUAUAUAUUUUUAAACCUAUAAUAGCCAAUUUUAGAGACUCCAUUAAUUAUUACCAUUUAACGCUAGCCAUUACAAGUUGUUUUUGUAAUGGAUGUUUAACUUUAUUUAACUUUUAGCCAGCGUCUUUUAUGAUGUUGGGCCGACUGGCAACAUAAGGCUUGUGGACCAAUGCCAGUCUGCUGACACCACUUUAGGAAACACUUUCAAUUUAUUUAUGUCACUUUUUAAUAUUUUACAGUUGUGUACAAGUGUAACAUCAUUCAUCUUGACCUGGCCAACAUACACACUGUGAGGGACAGCUUCAACAAACUCCGGACGCUUUGUCAUAGCUAUGUGGAGGGCACGUAAGUCACGUGCAUUCUGCAUUUGGUUUGUUUGGGAAUAGAGUGACAUUAUGGUUUAGUUGUGAUUAUAUCCUGAUUAGCUCAUGUAAUGACUAGGUUAAAUCAUGAUUAAGUUUAGUUGUGAUUAUAUCCUGAUUAGGUCAUGCAAUGACUAGUUUAAUUCAUGAUUAAAUUUAGAUGUGACUUUGUUAAAUCAUAAUUAGGCUAGGACUUGACUUUGUUAAAAUUGCGAGGGAAGGAUGUGAGAUUGUUUAUUCGUGAUUUGGUUCAGUUGUGAUUAUAUAAAGUCAGGUGUAGGUUACGCCUCCUCCAUUAAUAUAAAUUUGAAUGAAAUAUGAACUAAAGAUACUAACUAUUCCCUGUGUCCAGGUAUUACAAGAACCUGUCUGGCAGCAUGUGGCUGACCUAUAUCUCAGCACUACUGCGUGGCGCCAACAUGGUUGUUGAGCUGAUGCAUGUCAAGAAGAGGCCCGUUUUGGUGCACUGCUCUGAUGGAUGGGAUCGCACCUCACAGAUUGUCUCCCUCUCAGAGGUCAUGAUGGACCCAUACUACAGGACGUUUGAGGUAUGUUGGGGAGGUUCAUUGUAUACUUUAGUAAAGGCCAACACUUUUCCCAUGUCAUGCCGUUCACACAUUAUCUAUGUGCCUUGAUAUACACACAACACUCUUCUCAUGUCAUGCCAUGCCAUUCACACAUUAUCUAUGUGCCGUGAUAUACACACAACACUCUUCUCAUGUCAUGCCAUGCCAUUCACACAUGUGCCGUGAUAUACACACAACACUCUUCCCAUGUCAUGCCAUGUCAUGCCGUUCACACAUUAUCCAUGUGCCGUGAUAUACACACAACACUCUUCCCAUGUCAUGCCGUUCACACAUUAUCCAUGUGCCGUGAUAUACACAUAAGAUUUAAUAUAUAAUAUUUAUAAGAUAUAAAACACACACAAGAUAUAUUAAAAUUUAUGUACGAGAUUUAUAAUUUUCAUACAAUAUGUAAAAAAAAAAAUCACAGCAAGAUGUAACAAAAAUAAGCAGACAGAAUGUACUUUAAACCAAGCUAGUUUGGCUAUUUAAAGUAUCUGUCAAAGUGAUCAAACUUGAUCAGAAAAUGAUUUCUAUUUUAAGUGAAAAUAAAUUAUCAAAGCUAAUUUGUUUCCUCAGGGAUUCCAAGUUGUUGUGGAAAGAGAGUGGCUCCACUUUGGCCACAAGUUUGCUGAGAGAGGUGGCCAUGACCCCAACUGCUCUGAUACCAACCAGAUCAGCCCCGUUUUUCUCCAGUUCUUGGACUGUGUCUAUCAGCUAACCUUGCAAUACCCUGCUGAGUUUCAGUUCAAUGAGGCCUAUCUGGUUGGUUUCUUAAUAUUUUCAUAAACAGCUAUCAUUAUUCUUUUAGCAUUGCUGUAUAUCAAAAAAAUAAAUUUUGUCCCAUUAGUUCAUUUAUAUGUGCCACUUCAGUAACCAACUUGAAAAUGGCUUCCUACAGGUGAAGCUCCUGAAACACUCCCAGGCAUGCUUAUUUGGCAACUUCUUGUACAAUUGCCAGAAAGAGAGAGAAAACUGGGGUAAAAACACAGCCUCAGUUUGGUCACUGCUAAGGCCAGAAAAUAUCCAGUUUGUCAACUUGCUCUAUGACAAGACAUCACAGCAGGUAAAGUAUUUCUGUGACAAUACAACUGUUUUAGUCUAUGACAAGAUACUAAAUACUUUAGUCUAUGACCAGACACCUACUGUUUUAGACUAUGAUGAUACAACUGUUUUAGUCCAUGACAAAAUACAAAAUUGUUUUGUCUCCGACAAGACAUCACAGAAAAUAAAAUAUUUCUAUGAACUUUAUUAGUCUAUGAAAAGACAGCAACUAUAGUAGUCUAUGACAAAACACCAACUAUAUUAGUCUAUGACAAGACACCAACUAUAUUAGUCUAUGACAAGACACCAACUAUAUUAGUCUAUGACAAAACACCAACUAUAUUAGUCUAUGACAAGACACCAACUAUAUUAGUCUAUGACAAGACACCAACUAUAUUAGUCUAUGACAAAACACCAACUAUAUUAGUCUAUGACAAGACACCAACUAUAUUAGUCUAUGACAAGACACCAACUAUAUUAGUCUAUGACAAGACACCAACUAUAUUAGUCUAUGACAAGACCAACUAUAUUAGUCUAUGACAAAACACCAACUAUAUUAGUCUAUGACAAGACACCAACUAUAUUAGUCUAUGACAAGACACCAACUAUAUUAGUCUAUGACAAGACACCAACUAUAUUAGUCUAUGACAAGACACCAACUAUAUUAGUCUAUGACAAGACACCAACUAUAUUAGUCUAUGACAAGACACCAACUAUAUUAGUCUAUGACAAGACACCAACUAUAUUAGUCUAUGACAAGACACCAACUAUAUUAGUCUAUGACAAGACACCAACUAUAUUAGUCUAUGACAAAACACCAACUAUAUUAGUCUAUGACAAGACACCAACUAUAUUAGUCUAUGACAAGACACCAACUAUAUUAGUCUAUGACAAGACACCAACUAUAUUAGUCUAUAACAAGACACCAACUAUAUUAGUCUAUGACAAGACACCAACUGUCUAUGACAAGACACCAACUAUAUUACUCUAUGACUAUGACAAGACACCAACUAUGUCUAUGACAAGACACCAAUUAUAGUAGUCUAUGACAAGACACCAUCUGUAUAAGUCUAUGACAAGACACCAUCUCUAUAAAUCUAUGACAAGACAACUCCAUCAAUUAAUAAAGCUCCUGGAGACAACAGAUCAGUUGCCUUGUUACAAAGAUUACUGAUUUUAUGAAUACUAACUGACAAUAUAUCUCUCUGGUCUAUUGAGAGCAAGAGUGUCCUAUGUGACAAAGCCCACGUUGUCAUGUCAUGUAUGUAGAUUUAUCUAAAGGGCAGUUAAUGAUAUGUUCCUUAAUAACAAUGCUUUUGACUCUGCAAAGCUGACAUGUUGAAUAGCAUAUAGAUUAUUUAAUUAUAAAAUGAAGUUAGAAAAUUACAAAACUGGUUGCUUGAAUUUUGGACACUUUGUACUUCAUUGCUCUCAAGUAACGAUAUGAUGUAUAACUCGGUGUGCAUAUGAGAGUGUGUUGUGAUGGGACAUUGGGAUUUACAUAUGGUGUGUAUGUGGGGGAUGCAUGUGAGAGUGUGGGUGCUCAUGUGAGAGUGUGGGUGUGCACAGGUUUGGCAAAUACAUAAAAUUGAUUGGCCUUCAUUAUCAUUUUCAAUUUGGAAUAGCAAGACAUGCGUUUUCUAUUAAAAUACUAAAAAUCUAUGAAAGAGUGUACAUACUGAAGAGGCCUGACGUUCAGUCUUUUAAAGAUAUAUUAUGGCUUGAUCAGUCUGAAUACAAGUUUUGGGUAAAAAAAACAGGAACCUAUUGCCAUUGAAAUGUUUGCACAAAAAAAAUAUUUAGAAAAUGAUACCUCAUCUGAACAGCUAUUUAUUAAUUCACUUGAUGAAGUGAAAAUUUGAAUAAUUGAAACAAAUGUACAUUUUACUGACACUUUUCUGGGUUCUUUCCGAUAAUUAUAAUUAUUUAAUUAAAUGAAAUUACUAAAUUUGGCUACUGCAAAUGAUUGUAUCCAGCCUAAAGGCUACCAGUUAAUUUUAAUAUGAGAUUAAGUGUGAUUAAUAAUAAUAAUAUUAGUCUGGACUGAGUGCAAUAUUAUAAUUUGUUGUUUUAUUACAUUUGAGUAAGAAAGCACAUUCAGAAGAAGAAAGCUCCUGUUCCUUGUGCUCCCAUUACAAAUAAAAAUGCUGACCCAGUACCAUUACCAUCAAGAGCCUGUCAUGGACAGGGAUCAACAGCAAAACAUGUUAACAUUCAGUAUUUCUGCACAAAGACGCAAGUGACUAUCGCUGAAAUGAUUUGGACAAUUUAAUUUCAAUUAAAUAGCCAUUACAGCUUCAAUUCUUUCAAAGACACUGCAGAUUGUUUGAAAUAGUAAAACAAGGUAUGUUGAAGCUUGAAUCAAAAGACAUGGCAAUAAUAUGUGGACAUUUCAGCUUAGAGCCUUCUUCAGUGAACAGGACAGAUAGAAGUACGACAAGAAACAGAGCACAGUAAAAAAAACUUUAGAGAUCUCCUUGGUUGUUGCCGGAAGUAGGAUUACAGGAAGUGAAAAAAAUUUAAAUAUUGUUACUGUGAAAAAUAAGGUCCAGAAUUUAACAGACCAAAAUAUUUAGGGAUACGUAAAAUGUAAGGAGUAAGAAAAAAGAAGAAAUCCAGGGAAAUUGAGCAACAUGAGUGGGAGAGUAUUUGAUUAAUACCAUGUGGAGAUGUGGUGCUGAAAUGCUGAAUAAAUUUGUUUUCCAUUUGAAAUCUUUCUGGUGUGUUUGUCAGACAGAUUUUUUCAAGGCCAUAAUUCCUACUUGGGAAGUAACACUUCCAUGUGCUAUAGGAAGUCUGCAUGUCUCAGCACUUUUGGUAAAGCACCCUACUUUGCUGUUAUGCUUUGAAAAGAAUAAAAGAGCAGCUUCUACUUAUGUCCUUAUGUUUGAUGAAACAAUAAACAAACAGGUUCUAGAAAAGCAAAUGGAUAUGUAUGUUCACAUCUGGGAUGUAAAUAAAAUUAAUUCCUUUUUUUCCAUUCAUCCCAUUUUCUUGGAAAUGUCUCUAUUGAAAGCUUGUUGAAAAAAUUAAAUCUUAUUUAACACAGAUCUGUCAGAAUAUCACAGACCUUGCACACAGGGGCUUUUUACAACUGUCAAUGGUUGACCCUGUCCUAUUGUCACAGACCUUGCACACAGGUUUUUUUUUUACAACUGUCUAUGGUUGACCCUGUCCUAUUGUCACAGACCUUGCACACAGGGUUUUUUUUUUCAACUGUCAAUGGUUGACCCUGUCCUAUUGUCACAGGUUUUUUUUAACUGUCUAUGGAUGAACCUGCUGUGAACUGGAAACUAUUUUAAAUGUUAGAAAAAGAAACUGAACCAUCUGUGUGCCUCACAGCGAGUGUAUGUGAGUUAGAGUGGGCAAGGGUGGCAGCACAGGGAUGAAUGUGUGUGGGGGUGAGAGGGGGCAGUGGUCAAUUGACCAUUAAUUAAAGAAUAUACGAUAAAAUUUUAUAUGCUAUUCAUACAGGUGUUGACAGCCAAAUUUAGCGAACAUGACGUUGUCCUGUGGAAAUCUGUUUAUAUGGCAGGGCUCUCCCCAUGGCCGCACGGAAGUCAAAUUGACUUUUACCUAGAUUCCUCUCCAGCUGGUGGAAGUGAGGACGGAGCCAACUUACCUGUGGACGGAGUGCCUCGGUCGAAGUGAGUGAAAAAUGUUAGUGCAAGAAAGAUUUCAUAGAUGUACAGGGAUUGUUAAUCUUUGAUAACUUAUAAGGAUUCUUGCAUCUUUGUCUAUUCCAUUUGACUGUAGACUAUUUUGUAUCAACUCCUGAUAAGAGCUGACCCCUGUGCCCACCUCUCCAGUAACCAAUGUUUUCCCAAUAUUAAUUUAUAUUUUUUUAGUUAAAAAUCCACCAAAAAAUGCCACAUAAUAAGUCCAUAAUGGCAACCCAAAAAAGAAAUAGAAGAAAAUAAUACUAAGAGGAAACAUUAAACAAAUAAGAUAAACCAAGACAUUUUUUGUAUAAACAUUUCUGUCGAUAUUGUUUGGCAAUACUGUUGAGUAAUGGUGAAUAUUUGACCAACAUAAAGCACUCAAUAUUAAAUGUAUGAAAGCUUGGGAGACAAUUAUUUUCUGGCAUAUUACCUUACUUCCAGUCAGUGUACAAUGCAAAGUUGUGCCCAAAUAAAAAUUCUAUUUCAAGCACCGGGUGUGCAGCUCAAUUGAAUUUAGCAUUGGGUAUAACAGCAAAUCAGAGAUACGCUGUGUUUUAUAUAAAAAGGAGAGAUUAAUAAGGACUAUUAAAUGUAAACCAGCUGUUUAAAAAAAAUUCCAAUGUUAAUAUCUCAAAUUUUCCUUAUCACAAUUUUCAAAUCUCUUCUUUCAGGUCGAUGGAUGACUUGUCUAAAGCCAGUAUGGACAGUGGUCGGCGUAACAGUGACCCAAGCAUAACCCAGAGCCAGGAAUCUGCCAGCUCCGUGGUCACACACGGUCAACACAACACAUCAUCUUCCCAUGAAAUGAUCCAUUGUGCUGAGGAGUUAGCUUCAUCCUCUGCUCCCAAAUUGCUCGGCGUCUGCACUGGGGAGGAUUCAGUAGAGUUACAGGAAAUCCAACCAUCAACAGCAAAUAUCUCUUUGGAAGACAACACAGAGCAGGUUGUUCAUUUGACACCACAUGACAUUAUUUCUAAAGAUAGACCAGCUGCACCUGCAGCCGUGCUUAAUGGAAAUCACUCGUACACAUUUUGUGAAACUGAUGUACACGGCACCAGUAUUAACGGAGAGAAUAUCGCAGAACUCAAUGGAAGUUCCUUAGGUCUUAUAUCAUCAGUUGUUUUCUGUCCGGAGACAAUGGGUAAAUGUGAACAUGCGUUGUGUUGUGACAGUCCUAAAAGUGGCGUGACCUUAUGUUGUAACAUUUCGACCUUUGAACCCAAUGUGCUUUCACGCAAUUAUAUCCCAAACGGUGUUUGUAAGGGCCACGACUGCCGAGCCGUGAGGAGCCAAAGUCUUAGUUCAAAUAAUAAAUUCUAUAUUGGUGAUGGGGUGCCACCGCAGACAGCCGCCUCAGUCUCCAAUUUGUCAGACUACAAUCAGAGGCAGAUGUCUCUACUGGCUGAGCGUCUCGCCGAAUCAAAUUGGAAGCACAAUGACACCGACAUUCAUUAUUUAUAUAAUAGUAAUUUUAGGAAUCAUAGCAAUUGUGAUGAGGACCAGCAUUCCAUGGACAAGCAUGACAAGGAACAUUCUUCUACUUCUGCUGCUAAUCAACUGAUCAAUGGCACCAAGCAUUUGACUUACAUUAAUGGGAAAUCUGGUCAGCCAGAAUCUGGAGCCUCCAGAUUGGAGAGAAAUCAAUUCAUUGGCAUCCAUUCACCCAACCAAGCGGAUAACACAAGGACUAGUAUUAAUUCUGCAUCCACGGAUACACUCACAGAUGAUAUAGAGUCUGGAAAAGGCGACUCCGUUCUGUCUGUUGAGCCCUAUUUUUUAGAAGUUGGCACAACACCUGACAACCGUGCAACCUCUUCUCUCUCAUCCUUGUUAUGCCCCUUGAAGAGGGAGAGUCUCACAGCCUUGACCGAUGUCAGUGGUGGGAAUAACCUGAUGUCAAGGAGAGCCAGGGCCGCAUCGGGAGCCAGUCGCGAUUUGAGCGCAUCUCCCAGUGGCUGUAGAGGAAACUGGAAUGACACCGGUCGACUUCGGCACCCCAGUGGGGGGGAUCUGGUAACUAGGAGCUGGCUUGGUGCGACAGUUGCAACUAGCACCACAGACAUCAGUGAUUCAUGUGUUGGCAAGGUGGGUCAAUCAAUGAUUUAUGUGUGGGCAAGGUGGGUCAAUCAGUUAUUUAUGUGUUGGCAAGGUGGGUCAAUCAAUGAUUUAUGUGUGGGCAAGGUGGGUCAAUCAAUGAUUUAUGUGUGGGCAAGGUGGGUCAAUCAGUUAUUUAUGUCAAUCAGUCAUUUAAGGUAAUCAGUCAUUUGUAUGUUGGCAAGGUAGGGCAAUCAUUGAUUUAUAUGUGGACAUGGUAGGGCAAUCAUUGAUUUAUGUGUGGGCAUGCUAGGGCAAUCAUUGACUUAUAUGUGGGCAUGCUAGGGCAAUCAUUGAUUUAUAUGCGGACUUGCUAGGGCAAUCAGUGAAUUAUAUGUGGGCAAGGUAGGGCAAUCAUUGAUUUAUAUGUGGGCAUGCUAGGGCAAUCAUUGAUUUAUAUGUGGGCAUGCUAGGGCAAUCAUUGAUUUAUUUUUGGGCUCAUCAUAAGAUAUCUUUUCUUAAAAGUUUUCCCCAUUUCCCAUCUGAUCAUUUCAUUUCCACUAAAUCAUGAAACUUUGUAGCUUACAAGUCCUUGCAUGGACAGACAACCCAGCAUUAAACAACACAUCGAUGUGGAUGGACUGACACUCUUCUGUGAUGAGAGACAGCGACUACUUACAGAGUGCUUCUUAGAAAAGGACAGAUUGUUUUUUGAAAUGGAAAACCGUUACCUGCACGCUCUAGAUCAGAUAAAGGGUAUAAGACACCAGCAACUGCCCAACAACUACAUGGAUGAAUAUGUAAGUCAAUUUUUUAUGGUUGGGUGAUUGAAAAAAAUACUAGCAUAUUGUACCAGGAGAAAAGCUAAGACAGUCCUGAAUUCUUUUAUCAGACAAGUCUAGAACUUGCCAGUCUGGCUGUUGCACCAGAUUUUGUAUAGUCUAUGUAAGUAUGGGCUUCAUGGGGGUGGCUACCAAUAUAUUAAAAUGGGUAUCUCUGUGUGUUUUAAGUUAUAUAAAAUGUGUAGAACAUUUGAAAGUCCCAGCCUAUCAUUUACAGAAAACCUUUUGUCUUGGGUCUUCAUGCAACUCUGCUGUUUAUUAGAGUUCAAAGUUCAGCAUCAUAAUAAACAGAAGGACAACAAUGAAUUGGACAACCAAAUUGGAUAGUGAAUACAAUAACUAUAUGACUGGCUUGUGGAGCAGUGAAUACAAUGACUAUAUGACUGGCUUGUGGAGCAGUGAAUACAAUGACUGUAUGACUGGCUUGUGGAGCAGUCAAUACAAUGACUGUAUGACUGGCUUGUGGAGCAGUCAAUACAAUGACUGUAUGACUGGCUUGUGGAGCAGUGAAUACAAUGACAAUUUGACUGGCUUGUGGAGCAGUGAAUACAAUGACAAUAUCACUGGCUUGUGGAGCAGUGAAUACAAUGACAAUAUCACUGGCUUGUGGAGCAGUCAAUACAAUGACUAUAUGACUGGCUUGUGGAGCAGUGAAUACAAUGACUAUAUCACUGGCUUGUGGAGCAGUCGAUACAAUGACUAUAUGACUGGCUUGUGGAGCAGUGAAUACAAUGACUAUAUCACUGGCUUGUGGAGCAGUGAAUACAAUGACUACAUGACUGGCUUGUGGGGCAGUGAAUACAAUGACUAUAUGACUGGCUUGUGGAGCAGUCAAUACAAUGACUGUAUGACUGGCUUGUGGAGCAGUCAAUACAAUGACUAUAUGACUGGCUUGUGGGGCAGUGAAUACAAUGACUAUAUGACUGGCUUGUGGAGCAGACUUUUUUUUUUGCCAAGCCCUGCUCCAUGCCAUUUGUUUUUUUUAUAAAGCUUCAGCUGUGCUCAUAGCUCUGUCCAUCUAUGGUAGGGUUGCACCAGAAAAUCAGUAAUCAACUGAUUAACAGACUUUUGAAAAGCAUUCUGAAUACCAGGUGUAAAUCUAGGGCAGAGGUUCACAGCCUGUGGUCCAUGUACCUCUUGGAGGUCAGUGAAAAGCUGUCAGUGAGCUGCAUUUCAGUUGAAAUUUUCUCACUUGGUUUGCAGCUUGGGUCGGGACGGUGGGUCAGAGCAAAAGAGAGAGCCGCAUGGCGAGGAUACCCAAAAGGACAGAUUUUAAAAAGGGUCUACCCCAGUAUUGCAGUACAAAAAAAAAUAAUAAAAAUGAAAAUGAGUCUGGGACUUUCCAGCUGACUAGCAAAGGUGUCCAUAGAACAAAAAAAAAUAAAAGGAAUUAAGAACCCCUGGUCUAGGUAGUUCUAAAAUACAAACUUGAAUGUUUUUAUUGGAUUGUAGCAAAUUAGGUAUCUGCAAGACAAGUGUGAUAUCACCCCAAUAUGGCAUUUAAUGAAUUUUGAAGUUAAAUUUUAAAUAAAAUCCUGUUGGCUUUAAAGAAAACGUAUAAUAAGAUAUAACAAAAAGACUUGAACAGUAAGUCAUGUUAGAAAAUUGUGAAGAUGCUCCUAAAUUACUGAUGAGGCUCUUACAUUUUUAAGUAUUAAAAUAUUCCAUGUUUGUUCAUUGCUAUGUUGUCCCCCAUGUUUGUUAAUUGCUAUUGUGUGCUCCAUGUUUGUUCAUUGCUACUGUGUGCUCCAUGUUUGUUCAUUGCUAUGAUGUGCUCCAUGUGUGUUCAUUGCUAUGGUGUGCUCCAUGUUUGUUCAUUCAUUACUAUGAUGUGCUCCAUGUUUUUUCAUUGCUAUGGUGUGCUUCAUGUUUGUUCAUUGCUAUGAUGUGCUCCAUGUUUGUUGAUUGCUAUGGUGUGCACCAUGUUUGUUCAUACAUUACUAUGAUAUGCUCCAUGUUUGUUCAUUGCUAAUGGUGUGCUCCAUGUUUGUUCAUUGCUAAUGUUGUGCUCCAUGUUUGUUAAUUGCUAAUGUGUGCUCCAUGUUUGUUUAUACAUUACUAUGAUAUGCACCAUGUUUGUUCAUUGCUAUGAUGUGCUCCAUGUUUGUUCAUUGCAAUCCAUGCUUUAUCUCAUACUGUUAUUUAAUUUAAAAUGGCCAUUUUUUUUUCUGUGAAAUUUUUAAAACUUAAUAACUUGUUAAUUUAAAAAAUUAAUUCAUUUUAUUUUUGGGAGCUUGGAGCAGUGCUAUAAGACAGAUGAGUUUGAACCAGGGUUGCCAACUCAAUAAAAUAACAUUUACUGACAAAUAUAAGAACUCUCUACAAAAUUUACGGAAAAAAAAAAAUUUUUUACGGGCACAUUUAACAUAAAAUGUUGACCUUAAAACGAACAAAUAUGAAGCAUAAUCCAAGCACUGUAGAAGUAAUUUGUGGAAGUAAUUUUUCCCGGUCCAUUUCUUACAGUCAGUAAACUUUCCAACCUUAGAGUAGCGAAUUUGUUUCUCAAAUUGGUUUUUGUUUCUCAAACUGGUUUUCAAUAAACUAACAGCAGAAAAAACGCAUUCUACUUCUGCUGUUCCAUGUGGAAGGGCCAACAUUGUUUGUGCAGACUUCGAAAGUAGCAGAAAUCUGUACUCUUUGUUUUCGAUAUUUCUAGUCAUUUGUCCAAUUUGAUGCCAGAAAGCAUCAUAACCUCCGUCGGCCUUGAGAUUGCUUAAAUCCGCAUCUUGGUAGUCAAUAAACUCGGCUUUUAAACAAUCAAAAUCUGCUGGAGACACAAUUUGUGGAAAAAGCUGGGCCAGUUCCACAAUUUCCAACUGUUCCACCGAUAUUCUGUUAGUGGGUUUUAGUAUUGACAUGAGCUUCAGCACUCUUUGGCUAAUAGGCAUUCUUUUCUGGAUUGCACCGACUGCAUUGGUAUAAAAUGCAAGAACAUCAACAUAAAACUUUUCAACAGUCGAUGGAUCAUCUACUUUUUGCAGCUGUAGUUUAGUUUGAUAACCAAUGAAUAUGUUAUCGCGUGAUUUAAAGUUUGUACUUUCCAAGUGAUCAAAACUCGUUACUUCUUCAACUAACAACAGUACCUGUGGUCGUAUCAGUACCUGUGGUCGUAUCAGUACCUGUGGUCGUAUCAGCACCUGUGGUCGUAUCAGUACCUGUGGUCGUAUCAGUACCUGUGGUCGUAUCAGCACCUGUGGUCGUAUAUAGUAACCAAACACACUUUUCAACAGUUGAUUUGCCUCUGCAUAUAAAUCUGGUAAAAUCGGAGAAUAUUAUUGAAACAUUUUGUUGAACUGAGUAAACAUAGGCUUGCAAAAACAAAAAAAUAACAUUUAACGACAGGAUUUUGCAAUUGAGUGCUAAUUCUAUCCACUGUAACCAACCGGUCACACUCAUCACUUGAUUGAAAAUUGCUUGAAAGUGCAUCAUAUUGGUUAACAAUACGAUGAAUACACUCCAACAGGCUCAAUCAUCUGGUCGCAGCUGCAAUAUUUUUAGAGUGUCUGCUUCCACGAACUCUUGAAACUCUUUGUACGGCUGUAAUCUUUUGCAACUAUGUGAAAAAUGGCUGUGAAUGUCUCUGCAUAGCUGUUCAAUAAAUUUGGGAAAUGUUUUACAUGCCUCAGCGGCACAUAGAGCAGCUCCAUGGCAUGUGCAGUGUCUAGGAAAUAUAUUUGGUUGUACACUUCUGAAACGUGAAAGCACGGAAUUUUUGGCUCCAAUCAUUACGUUAGCUCCAUCAGUUCCAAGUGCCAUUACAUUGGCCAGUGGUAUUUUAUUUUCGUCCAGACAUGCCUUGAUUGCAGCAAAAAUGAACUCUGCUUUUGCUUCUUUUAAAUCAACUAAACGAUAAAAUCUUUAUUGAACCUUACCAAUUUCAACAUCGAAGUAAAUCACCACCAUGGCCAUUUUUACUGUGGUUGAUAUAUCAGUUGAUUCGUCAACCAACAGAGUAAAAUGACAUGAUCUUAACUUAGUGGACAAAACUGCUUUGUUCAGUUUGCCAAUGACAUUUUUAAUCAUCAUAGAUCCCUUUGUUAGUUUAGAGCUGAAAUCUUUAGAGAUUUUUGAAUCAGGAAACCAAUCUGCAACAUUUUCCGAGAUGUCGUCCAUUAAACUUAGUGGCAAGUUUUUUCUUGCGACAAAAUGUGCCACUUUUAAUUCCCAUUCUGUUACCUGUUUGUUGUGAGCCGUUACAGGAGAUGGCUUUUUAUCCUUAGUCAAGAACUGCAACAUUCCACCAGCAAAUGUCCUUGUUGAUAUUGCCUGAACAUGUUUUGCGCUUCUACCGUGGCUGCGAACGUCUCGUACACCAACAGAUGCAACACUAAAUAUCUUUCUACAGCACGUACAUACAGCGUUAUAUUUGGAAUCAUUGUCCGUUGAUAUCCAGUCCUUAAAUUCGCCGUUUGCAAUCCAUGUAGGUUGAAAAUAGCAUUUUCUGUUCACUUUAGCUUUUUUAACAAUAAUUUUAUCCGCAUUUUCGUUUAUUUCACAGUUUUCACUGCGGCUAUUGUCUUCGCUUGUAUUCAUCUUCUCCGCCAUUUUUUAAAAAAACAGAUACAAUUUUUAUAUCUAUGUCGUCAUAAUUUAUGCGUAAUUGUGACGUAACGACUAGCGAUCUGUCUUAACAAAUCCAUCUUGCCGCGAUGCGCCACGCGAGCCUAGCUGUCCAGAAAGCUCUUCCAGUUUAUUAAUAGAGCGCGGGAUGCCACUAAAACAAUUUAAAAAUUAAAAUUUAAAUCAAGAAAAUAGAUAUCACAAACAUGAUUUACUGGUUUUGAGAGAGUCCACAUUUUGUCCAUUUUUUUAAGGACGUUUUAAUUUUUUAACGGAAUUUUACGGACAGGCAAUUUUACAACAAAUCUUUACGGACUGUCCGUAAAUUUACGGGCGGUUGGCAACCCUGGUUUGAACCACUCUGGGCAUGGAAGAUGAGUCUGAACCACUCUAGGCAUGGAAUCCUAUGAGGAAAAAAAAAUGUUUUGCUUCUUAUUGUCAAGGUUUAAUUCUUAAAAUGUAUGUUAAUAUUGAAAUUGACAAGGUAGCCCUUUGAAAGAAGUUUUUGAAUUAUCCCCAGUUGAUGAGUGAAUCUGAAGGGGGGGACAAUAGUUCUCUUUGUUCCCUUGGAAACCCGGCUUCAGAUGCCAGCUGGGAAAACGUUGAUGAGUCUGAGUCCAAAAUAGUGAUGUGGGUUCCUGACACUGCCGUCACACACUGUGCAGGAUGUGGAGAACAGUUCUGGGUCUUGAGACCCAAACAUCACUGCAGGUAGAGAGAAAAUGUCUGGCAGAAACCAAAUUUUUUAUACUUUAACCUAUCUCUCCCCCUUAGCAACAAGAUAGGUUCAUACAUAAUAUCCACUCUGCUGUAAAUAGUUCUGUCCAUAGUUUGUCCAAUUUUUAGUUUAUUAACACGGAUCAGCAAUUUUAACAUAAAAGAUGGAAUUUGAUAGCAAUAGUUGAUCAGUUAAUUAUAUGAGUUGCAGGAAUACAGAUUGCUGUUUUUAAAUUAACAAAGCGAAAUAAAUCAAGUCCGUCUUGACAAAGUUGAAUGAGACAAUGUCUUUUUACGUUAUGUUACACUGUGCUGGUGGGAAGUGGAUACAAGUGCUUUUAUUUUUUUACGCUAUACUAAUAUAUAUCUUUACAUUUAUUGAUAUAUUAUAAUCUGUUCAUGAAUGUCAGUGUCUCAGUCAUUUUCAUAGUUUCAUAAAUUCAAUAGUUUUGUAUUCAUUUAUUUUUGUGCACACUUAUAUAAGUAGUCUUAUUCAUAUUUUUUCCUGAACUGUAAGUGUAUAGUAUUUCUUGUGUUGUUCCACAGGAAAUGUGGGAGAAUUUUCUGCUUCUCCUGUUCCAAUUACCAGUCUCCUGUCCCGGACCAACAACUUCAUAAACCUGUUCGCGUCUGCCGUCGCUGUCACUCAGAACUUGUCCAGCAGAGCCCAGGGGCAUCCUCUGACGGCCGUAUUCCUACUCUUGUGACAGAUGGUUAGGUUUAAGAUUCUACUUAUUCUCUUGUAACAUAUGGUUAGAAUGUCAAAUACUACUUAUCCUCUUUGUGGCUGAUGGUUAGGAUAUCACUUUUCCUAAAUGACUUUGUAUUUUAAUUUGCUUGUAUUUCACUUCAUUUGAGCACUUGAACGCUUGUAUAGCAAUAUAACAGAAUGGUUAGUUCAUUUUAUGACUUUAAUCUAAUGAUGGAAAAUCCCAUCUGUACAGGAAUCUAAUAUUUGAGAGCUUUAUUGUUCAAUUUAAUUUAUGGUUGAAGAAAAUGUGUAAAUUUUUCAUAAUAAAACACAAAUCAUUUCAAAGAUGAAUGCUGUAAGCUUAGAUGCCAAAAAUGUGAAGACUGUUGGCUCAGUGGUCAAACCACUAAUCUUAGUUAAUUCAUACACAUGUUACAUUUAAAUUUUUCCACAUGACACCAUGUGAAAUAGUGGAGAUGGCCAGGGAGCUGGUCCACAUGACUACAGCCCUGUAUCAGGUUGUGCUUCUAUAGAUGACUAGGUAGUCCACCCAACCGGUAGCCCUAAGGAUCUCAUUAUCAAACUUGCUCUAGAUACAAACACAAAUUAUGACAUAAAACAAACCAUUCAAAGUAGAGAUUCAUUAUUUUCUCUUUAUGGCAAAGUAGAGUACUGGUCAUUGUAGUUGAACCAAGUGUUUAUACUUUGCCUUGUUGAUAUGUUGUCACGCCCUGACCUGUAAUGUUACUAUUGCGUAUGUUUUGCUUUUGCCGGGAUACGAAUUGUGAGAAUGCUAGGUCAAAUAUAUUUAUUUUAAAAACAACAACUUUGUUUCUAAUUUUAUUGUUUGAUCAUGUUUUCUUUUUGGUCCACAUGAACUUUGCUUUCAUCUCAUGUUAUACCUACCCUCAUCCCUGGUUGUGCCAUGGUCAAGAAGAUUGAACACUUGAUGACAAAGAUGAACGCUGGAUUCAGGUGUGCCACUAGCAAAGGGCCACAAUCCAGGACUAAGGGAGGACAAUUCAGAAUUUAAAAAAAUUUUAAAAAUCUAAAUGAUUGUCCUGGUCAAAAGUCCAAGAAUUAUUAUCUGGGUUAAUUGUCUGCUUAUUUCACCAUCAACCCAAUUGACUGGAGCUUUAUGAGAGCUUGCCUAAUUAUCUAAUAUAUUGUUCUGACUAAGGUUGUAAUUAUAAAAUAUUGGUCCCAAUCAAGAUUAUAAUUAUGAAAUCUGAAUUUUAUGUCAUAAAGAUUUAAUUUUCCACCAAUUGUCAAACAAAGAGUUUGAAAUAAUAGUUAAAUUGAUUAGUGAAAUAAUGGUGAAGCGUGAUUAGUGAAAUAAUGGUGAAGCGUGAUUAGUGAAAUAAUGGUGAAGCGUGAUUAGUGAAAUAAUGGUGAAGCGUGAUUAGUGAAAUAAUGGUGAAGCGUGAUUAGUGAAAUAAUGGUGAAGCGUGAUUAGUGAUAUAAUGGUGAAGCGUGAUUAGUGAAAUAAUGGUGAAGCGUGAUUAGUGAAAUAAUGGUGAAGCGUGAUUAGAUUAAAUUUUAUCCUGUUUUACUUCAACAUUACUUUGUUCCUUUCAUUAUAUACUGACGCAACCAGCACACAUUCAGUACGGAUGUCCCCAGGUUCUCAAUUUCAGUAUGGAUGUCCCCAGGUUCUCAAUUUCAGUAUGGAUGUCCCCAGGUUCUCACAUUCUUUUUGGAUGUCCCCAGGUUCUCACAUUCUAUAUGAAUUUCCCCAGAUUCUCACAUUCAAUAUGGAUAUACCAAGCCUCUCAAAUUCUAUAUGGAUGUCCCCAGUGUUACUGUGUUGCUCUAAUCUGGUCUUUCAUGUUCAUGAAAAUUUGCUCCAUUAUUUAAUAAUCUCACCAAAAUUUAUUGGUUAGAAAUAUGACAAUUAGUUUAAUUUAUUGCUUAGAAAUGUGACAAUUAGUUUAAUUUAUUGCUUAGAAAUGUGACAAUUAGUUUACUGAGGUCAAGUUUCAAUCUGCCUGAUUUUGUUUGUUCAUUCUGCCUGAUUUUGUUUGUUCAUGUAUUGGGAACUUGAGUCUCGGCCAAUCACAAUUAAUACAGUUACUGGCCACAGUCAGGGCUUUCAAACAUUUGACUUUUUGAGGAAUUUUACUACUCUAGGUGAUGUCACUAUGACAUCCCCUA